GCAGGAGUCAUGUGUUCCCUGCUCUUUGUUUUCAAGGAGACAAGAUUCGGCAAUCAUAAGUUUGUGACUUGUCUGCUCCGGGGGGGAAGACAUCUGAAACUUGAAACUGAUCUAGUUCACCUACAAUACCAUAUUCCUUUAUUCCACUACUCAUGUGAAAGCCAUUAUUUGCAGACAUUCAGGUGAGUAUUGACUUUAUAUCAAUGUAGAUCACUAUAUUUAUUCAUAUUACUUUAUUAUUCAAACAUGAGUAAAGUUAUGGGGGUGUUUAUGAGGCAGGGGUAAUAGUGGUGGGUAUAAUGUUUAUGACACAUUGUCACAAUGCAGAGUGUUUAAUUUUACUUAUUAUUUCAUAUGUUCAAAAAUCACUUAUUAACUAAACAGUGAACAGUUUUAGACUAAAAAUGGCAAUUUCUUCUGUUCAUUCUGUUCAUUCUCUGUGUAUGUUAUCAAUGAGACAUAAACAACCAAGACUAUGAUCCAUAUUGCUUUGUACUGAAAUCCUACUCUGUUGUACAUUGGGGAUAUUCACUAAACACCACAUUGGGCUCAGUUGCAACAUUUAGGCUGAAAUAGUUAAGCUUUGAAUUUGUUGAAUAUGUCUAAAUGAUACAAUUUAGCUUUCAGUCCACUGCAAUGUGGUGUUUAAUGAAUCAACCUCACAGUCCUCUAUCAAGUAAACAUGAGAAUCAUACUUUGUGUGUUAACAUGAUUCUGCCACAAAGUGUGACGUGUAAUCUUUACUUUCUUUGUGUUACCUUUUGUGCUUGAAGAAGGACAUGCCAAGCAAAGCUAUGUAAAUAAUGAAACAGAAGAACCCCUGACUGCUUGUUUUCUUUACCAUUCUUAACCAACUUUGAUAUACAAAUAUUGGUAAAGCACUAACUGAAUCCCUAUGCCAUUCAGAACGUUAUUGAAGAUGUAUUAAUGUUAUUUAACUUAUUGCACUAUAGCAGUUACAUGCUUUUUUUUUUUUAAUGAUUGCAGAGUAUCAUGGGAACUGUAGUCCACAGAAACUUUUAUUAUUAUUUAUUUAUAAAGUGCCAACAAGUUCCGUAGCGCUGUACAAUGGGCUGACUAACAGACAAGUAUUUGUAACCAGAAGAGUUGGGCGCACAGGAACAGAGGGGUUGAGGGCCUUGCUCAAAGAGCUUACAUUCUAGCAGUUAAUUAUCAUUCGUAAGAAAUUCACUGCACCUAUAAGGAAGGGGCUAAUGACUAAUGGCCUGUGCUAUUCUAUAUGGGAUCACUUUUGACCAUCCUUAUGGGAUCUUCCCUUUAACCAUCAAUUUGAGAUCUUCUUCUUUUUUUUUUUUUUUUUUACCAUGCAUGCUAAUGAUAAUCCAUAGAUUUAUAUGUUGAUGAGGUUUAUUGUGUCUAUUUUUCGGCUUAUAAAGGAGUUAAAAGGGAAGUGUAGACUGAGUAUAGGGAAGAUGCUUGGCUCUCAAAACCCUGGAUCAUUUUUCAAGCAGGUUGCAGCAAUACAUAUCAAAAGUUUGUGAAACAACUUGUUUGUUAAGCAAGUGAAACCUGAUUGACUGAGACAAUCAAUUAUUAGAUUUUUAUUUUUAAUUUUAUUUUUUUUAAUCCGUUGGGUGAUUUCAUCACAAUGUUUUCCGAUUAGCUGAAGUUUGAGACAAAUUUGGCCUCUUUCACCUGCAGAUAAAUAGAUAAGGAAACAGCUGCUUCUAGCAAGGCAGAGAUUGCCCAAUGUCCCAAUCACGUGAGCCGGCUUCCAGUGUUUGUUUACAUUGUAUCUUGGCCUUUGGUUGCAUCACAGAGGAGGGUAGGAUGUCAUGAUUCUGAUAAAGGCUAUUUAUUCUCCUCCAGCCUGAGGCUUAGUGCGACAAUCACAAUAAAAGAUAUGCGCAGUAAGCCAGCAUUACACCUUUGUUUUUAGUAUGACAUUUGUAUUUAAAUUUAUAAUUUUGUUUUGCCAUUUGUAUAGGUUACACUGACUGUAGGUGAGGUAGUUAGUAUCAUACUUUCCAAUGCUUUGUUUAACUGUAUAAAGACUGAAUUCAUUUCAUAAUUCACAUAUGAACUGAUGGGAAUCUCAAUACAUUACAACUUCCCAACAGUGAACUUUAAUUGUAUCCUAGGUGAUGCCUUUAAUUCAUAAUGCAGUAACGGAAUAGAUGUAUAUUGGAGUAUUAACACAUUAUUUAAAGAUCUAUUUACAAAGACAUGUGCUUUCAAGGCAGGGCUAACUUGCCAAAUGUGUCCCAUCAGUGCUUUCUGUUUCACCCAACCUCCCUGACAACCAAUGAGACUUUCAUUUUGUUUUGAUGCAGUGUGUGUACAGUGGAUACAAUGUGUGUGUGUGUGUAAUGGAUGCAGUGUCUGUGUUGUGGAUUCAUUGUGUAUGUUUGUGUUGUUGGAUAAGGGCUGUGGGGAUGGGGGUGAGCAGUUUUUUUAUUGAUAAUAAAGUUUAUUCGCCACUUUCCUUGUCUCUUACAUGUGGUCAUUAGUUUCCCUGGUGGCACAGCAUAGUUGUAAAGUGAAGAAGGGGCCCAGGAGUGUAUUCUUCCACCUCAGGCUGGCAGGCAUUAAAUCCCCCUCCUCUCUUGUGAGCCCAGCAUGCAUUGCGUGCAGUGCGGUGAGUUGCCAUUGGUCAUGAGAGGACAAUGUUGGAGUUUAGUGUCCUGGGCCCCCUCUUCAUCGAAGAAGAUAUCAAGGCAUGCAAAUGUAGCAGCAGCUCACUCUCUCUCACAUUCAGGGUAUAGGACUAUACUGGCUGCACCCCCAUGAUGGUGGCUCUGUUUAUGAAAUGGUCACAUCGACUGUGUUGGAACUUCACUGAAAUUCCAACACAGUCAUAGAAACAUAGAAUGUGACGGCAGAUAAGAACCAUUCGGCCCAUCUAGUCUGCCCAAUUUUCUAAAUACUUUCAUUAGUCCCUGGCCUUAUCUUAUAGUUAGGAUAGCCUUAUGCCUAUCCCACGCAUGCUUAAACUCCUUUACUGUGUUAACCUCUACCACUUCAGCUGGAAGGCUAUCCAUGCAUCCACUACCCUCUCAGUAAAGUAAUACUUCCUGAUAUUAUUUUUAAACCUUUGUCCCUCUAAUUUAAGACUAUGUCCUCUUGUUGUGGUAGUUUUUCUUCUUUUAAAUAUAGUCUCCUCCUUUACUGUGUUGAUUCCCUUUAUAUAUUUAAAUGUUUCUAUCAUAUCCCCCCUGUCUCGUCUUUCCUCCAAGCUAUACAUGUUUAGAUCCUUUAACCUUUCCUGGUAAGUUUUAUCCUGCAAUCCAUGAACCAGUUUAGUAGCCCUUCUCUGAACCCUCUCUAAGGUAUCAAUAUCCUUCUCCAUAAGAUUCAGUCAUAAGAUAUAUACUAAAAUGUGGAAAAUAGAGACUACUUUGUCUAAGUACAUUUCAAAUGCUUGACAAAACUUAACAAAAGGCUACCACUAUUAUAAAGCUGUAUUCCUAACACUAUAGUUUUCUUCUGAUUUCCACCCUCUUCUUCACUCCAUCCCCCUGAGGCAGUCAAAGCAUUAAAUAACCCUUGAAUUCACUCACCUUAAUCCAGUACCUCCCUCCACACUGGCUUCCUCUCUGCUGUCAGUGCUGAGGGGGAAACUAGUGUUGCAUGUUAAAACUGCAAUGAUUUGUAGUGUUGGGUUUUGGAGAUCAGGACAGUCCCCCUAGACCACUUCAAUUAAACGAAAUAGUCUGGGUGCCUAUAGUGUCCCUUUAAGUUUUGUCAUUUUCUCAUUUUCACCAUGAUGGCAGCCAAGAGGGACAAGCUCGGGUAAGUAAAUCUCACUUUCUGCUGCACCCCUCGGUAACCGGACACACAGCAGAGCAGUCACCGUUGGAUGAGGAUGGUAUCAGAGCCACUUUAAGUCUUUUACAAUUCAUAAUUUCAUGUUUACUGAAUAACCUUAAAGGACCACUCUAGGCACCCAGACCACUUCAGCUUAAUGAAGUGGUCUGGGUGCCAGGUCCUUCUAGGGUUAACCCAUUGUUUCAGAGAAACUGCUAUAAUUAUGAAUGGGUUAAGCCUUACCCCAAAGCCUCUAGUGGCUGUCUCAUUGACAGCCACUAGAGGCGCUUGCGUGCUUCUCACUGUGAAAAUCACAGUGAGAGCACGCCAGCGUCCAUAGGAAAGCAUUGUAAAUGCUUUCCUAUGAGACUUGACUGAAUCUGUGGCGCGCAGCUCUUUGCCGCAUUCAGCCCGGUGAGCGGGAGGAGAGGAGGAGGAGAGCUCUCCCAGCGCUGGAAAAGGUAAGUUUAAACCCCUUUCCCCCUUCCAGAGCCGGGCGGGAGGGGGACCCUGAGGGUGGGGGCACCCUCAGGGCACUAUAGUGCCAGGAAAACGAGUAUGUUUUCCUGGCACUAUAGUGGUCCUUUAAAAGUGGUUUUUUUUUGUUUUGUUUGUUUUUUGGGGGGAUUUGGAGCAAUACACUUAUUUGUAUGAUGCGCCAUUCCUAGAAAGCUAUCAACCACCACAUGAAACAAUUUACAUCAGUGGCACAUAACAUAUAUAUGCUGUGUGUCCUCUUUUACUUUUAUGUUCCAAAUAGUAAAAUAAUCAAUACUGUUUGUAGAUUUUAGAAAAUAACUGUUUUUUUUUUUUUUUGUAUGCAAUGUGAAAUAAUAACAGCAAAGGUUAGAAUGUGUAUCUAAAGACUGUUUUCAUUGUUGAUCUUUUAUUUUUCCAGUCAUCAAAUUAAAAUCUUGAUUGCAAACCCCUUAGGAUAGUAGCACAUUGCGCAAUUCCUGUCAGCAGUCCAUAACAGGAAGAUUAGUGGUGUAUGUUUUGGGACCGUGGAUUGCAUCCACAACCAUGUUAGCAUGAAACAGCUACAUGUCUAAACUUUGGCCCUCAUACUAUCUUCUGUUGUUUACCACAGAUCUGUUGGGCUUUUUUUUUUUUUUUUCCUGAAAAUUUUCUUGGAAAUUGUUUUGGCCGUUUUAAACGUUGGCCUCUGCCUUGUAGCUUCAGUGAAUCACAUCUAGAAAAACGUUCAUUAAAAAAACUAACAAUAAAAGCACUGUAUAGUGCCUUUAAUAAUGCUUUUCUAAAAUGUGAUCUCUGUUUUCAGAUAAGUACACUGCAGUAAUGUCUAAUGAUCGGAUAAUAGUAAAGUAAGCCAUAUGGCGUAUUGUUUUGUGUUUAAAAAAAAAAAAAGCCCUCACACCUGUUCUCAUCUUUACCGUUCAUGUUUAACCCAUUAAAGUCACAAACCUAUUGGAUGUCACUCUAGAAUAUAUUUGGACAACACAUAUGGUGUACAUUGAAUUAUUGAUAUUACAAAUUUUCUGCAGAUUCUACUGGUGUCUUCCAGCAGUAACUUGUGUUUUGUUUUUUCCUUUUUUUUUUUCCUUCUGUUUAUACAUCUGUUACUGUCUAUAAAUCAAAACCUCAAAAACUGACCUCACUGCAACGUGUGUUUUUAUGGUUAUGUGUAUAUAUUUGCAUUUUAUUACGAACUAGGCUGAGCUCGCAUGCGAUUGUUUAGGAGGUGGAUUAACGUUCUGCUUUCCAGAAGGCCAGGUGUUCACUAGGGUCAUAGACAGAAUGGCUCUCUCUGGGGUUUCUGCUUCCAGAACUUAUUUUUUUAUUUUUUGUUCGUUUAAUGCCUUUUUACUUCCUUUCUUUGUGUCUCAGGCUUGGUGCCAACACCGUUUGGCCGUAGGCUAUUUAAAGAAAGCGUUUUGCUGUUUUCUUUUUGUUUUGUUUUUUUUCUUCUUCUUUGUGACGUGAGCCUUCUCCUGACUCUGUUUUGCAUUCUUACUUCGUAACUCUUAACUCACUUUCACAGAAUUGGAAAGAACAAUUUGCUUUUUCAACUUUUGGCUCAAGAAGGAAGCAGGCUUCUAAAAAUGCUGCCUCGUCACAAUGUUGUUUAAUUUCUAGAUGUUUACAAGAUGCGUAUUAUCUUAAAGGCACAUUGCAGUGCGCUUAACCAACAACUGUGAAGCUCUAAGCCAAGCAAACCUGGAGUACUUGCUUUAUGAAACCACAGCUUUGUUAGAACAGAAUGAUUUGUAGAUUCUUAUUUACUUUCUGUAUCAUUUGAUUCCCUCACCCUUCCCUUCGCGGAAUAUUCAGAGUAUUUGAGGACAGACUUAGUUCAGAUCCUCAGACUCCUCCCAGCAUGAUCCAGACAAGUAAGAUCCGUGAUGACACGUUGGCCUGCUUCAGAUGAGGAUUAGGCAUCGUCUUUUUGUUUCCAGGGAGCCAUGUUGAAGCCGUUUAUUUAUUAUUUAAGCCUGCUUUUCAUUUUAAUUUGAGUAUAACGUGUUAUCACAAAUCACUAACAGAAUUUAUGCAAAUAAAAUAUUAUGUUUCGGUUCUGUUGCUGUGUGUUUGUAAUCAACUGAAGAGCUUGGAAUCUUAAUAACGCACAUUAAUAUCAGUUUGAAUGCUGUGGUUAUUUUCUUUUCUUUAACAAAGGUGUUUCUGUUGGUUCUAAAGAAAUAAUCAACAUCAGUUAGUGCCUCGGGGUUAGGAGUGGGAUGAAGAUGAUCAAGGCAAUUUUAUAGACACCUGGUGUGUUAAAGUCUUUCUAAUCAAGUUUACACUGUACAAAAUAUAGGUAAUUUGAAUGUCUCUCCUAUAUGAGACAGAAACCUGAAUGCAUCCAGUAAUCGUAAAUGAAUGUUAUAGAGCAGGGGUAGGCAACCUUCUCCACUUCAGAUAUUGUGGACUACAUCUCCAAUAAUGCUCUUACAGCCAUAAUGAUGACAAAGCAUCAAGGGAGAUGUAGUCCACAUCUGUAGUGCGUACGAUUGCCUACUCCUGUUUAUAGAGGGUUUAGUGAGAAGCCCAGUCGUUGAGUAGGAUAUUAGUGUGGACAAACCUGGUUUUCCUAAUCAGGAAUACAAAAUUGUGCUUGUCUGAAUGACAACCAGGGAAGAGGAGCUCCAUGUUCCAAUUAAAAGCUCAUUAUCCUGGUAGAAAUUGAAACUGUUGGACUUCAUGGACAGGGUCCUUGCACCAAGCCUGUGAAUACGUGCUUGAGUAAGGUCCUCACAAUGUUAUUUUGAUAUAUUUGUGUGCAGUAUUUUCUAUAUCCUCAUCAUGAAAUAUUUUUGUAAUGUAUAUUUAAUAAAAUAAAAACUUGUUAUCCUUGAAGUAUUGGUUUUCACAUGUCCUUGCACCAUAACUUCUUCAACUAGCUCAAUUGGUUUUUAGUUACUCUAGGAUUUAGUAAACCUUAUUACUAUUAACUGUGCGUCACGCAAAAAAAAUAUGAAGGGGUCCUGACAGUGCGCAAUGCAGGACCUUUAACAUCUGCACAUUUGUUCCGAGGAUGCUUUAAAGUCUCUAGAGCAGUUGUUUCCAACCCAAUUCUCAAGACAUGUCAGUAUUCCAGAACUUGGGUAUUUCAUAAUUCUGUGGAGAUAGUGAGAAAACCUGGAUCAUCGUUGUGCUUUGAGGACCGGUUGGAAAAUACUGCUCUAGGGUUUGAAGUAUAGAAUGGCAUUUAGUAUUAUGCACUAAAGUGGAACUUAUGGGAAAUUGACAAAAGGAGUGCAAAUUGUAGGGUAAAACCCCAAAUUUUUUCCAAUUUGGCUAAUUUUUCAAAUUGCUAUUUUAUACUAAAAUAUGUUACUCCCUUGUAAAUUCUCCACAAUUUUUGGUUUAGUGAAUAAUUUACAUUUGUUUACUGUAUUGUGUAUUUUCAUGCAUAAGAAAGUAUUCUAUAGGUUCUUCUUAGGGUCCCUGUGCCCUAUUUCCCUGAAAUGCCAAAGUUCCUGUCCUAUCGCUUCUCACCCCAACCUUCCUUUGACUUUUCUCCGGUUUUCUGUUUUCCCAUUAACCCUACAGUGUGAAGUUGUAAAGGUGAUCUGUUUAAACCUAUGUAUGGCUUGGCUAUAUAACGUCAUAAAAUCUUCAGCCCCGGUUACCCUAUAGAUAUCUGUAGUUUUUUAUGCACUGGAAGAAUUGACAAAAGCAAAGAGGAAAACUGCUGUCCCUUGCGGCUGGAAAACGGUUAAUCUACCCUUGUUUACCCUCCUCUACAAUACCUGUUCUGCAUCAGGUAUUGUAAAUAUUAUUUAGGAGUUGCUGCAGGGUGUUUUGUGAAAUGGUUUGACAGAACAAAGAUGUGUUCUAUAACUAGCUGUUGGCUUUCGUGCUGUUAAAUAGGCUUAUGAGCAAAACAAAGGUUGCCUUCAAAAAUAAACAUACAAGUUUAAAACAACAUGACGAAACUCAUAUAGGGCUAGGUGAGAAUUCAAGGUGAACUUCAAAGUGAAUUUCUAAUUAAGGGUCAGAAUGGAAAAGAUCACAAUGUCGACUGUGAUUUCAGUUUGGCUACUCUGGCCUUCAAUUUUAAAAUUCACUUUAAAUUCACCUUGAAUACUCCCUGUAGCAAAAAGGCCUGAAGGUCAUGCAACAUCUUCUCUGGGUGCGAGCAUUGAGUCGCCUUCUGAAUACCGAGUUCUCUUUCACACCUUUCACACUUUUUUGACUAUUUAUUUUUACUGAGUAUACAAAAUUUUCAUUGAACUAUGCAUGCCUGGAAACAGAUGAAUGAGACGAACCCCGAUGUUUAGAAAAUAUCAACCCUAGAAUAGACUACUUGCCUACUGGAUGUAGUUAUAUAAAAAAAAAAACGAUGCCAGGAUAUUGAGCCCAGGCAAAUUAUGUCAUGGAUCCUCACUCCCGCUUGUGUGAAUUCUAAGGGCUGUUUGAAUGCAUUUUCUUGUUCUAAAAGUUGAUUGAUUCGUCUCUCACACCUUCACUAAAGCAGUGACUGGUAGGAAAAUAUUUUUUUCUGCUCCACUAAGUGCACAGGGGCUGCUUUAUCUUUCUAGCACUGUGAAGGUUGAAGAAAAAGCUGGCAGCAGCAACUUCAACCUCCACUGGGGUGAGAGAGAUCAACAGUGAGUUCCUCUCUCUCUUCCUGGAUGCACAGGGAUACUUGAAGUUCUAUAAGUGUUAAUCACAGUGAAUGUAGUAUUAUGUUGGGCCCCUACACAAUGCUUACGUAUGCUCGGAUUACAGCCUGCCUGGGAAGGUAGCAAAUCAGGACUAUUUAAAUGAGCACACCUGAAGGACUUGUGUAUAUGCUGAAAUGCCCUGUAUUUAAUUCCCAGGACAACUCAAACAUGUUUAAACAUGUGCUCAACCUACACUUUGACCCAGUCACCCCAACACAGAGCAAUUCUGGUGAUUGAGAGGACUGUUUUCAAAUCAUGUGUCAUACAAGAGCACGUGACAUUGAAAACAAUAUAAUGACCUUGGAAAUAUCAGAGAUACUAUAUACUACUCUUUCAUCUUCCUGUGGUCAAAAGCGUAUUUGUACAAUGCAGAAUAUGUCAAUAUUUUUAUUUUAUCUUACACAACUGAUAUAUUGUAUGCACUCACAACAGAAUAUUUACUAUAUGUGGGAAAUUUAGGUAGACUGCUUAUGUUUGCUGUCAUUUUAGACUCUUCAAUCCUAAAACUAACAUAAGUUUAGUGUAGUUUAAACAGAAAAUAUAUUCUUUCCCAUAAGUGGAAUUCUGUCUUCUAUCAGUUUGUCUUUUGUUAGUAUUCACAGCAGCUGUCUACCCCCACAUAAAAAAAAAAAAUAAAUAAAAAAAAGUUGUGGUAAAAAUGUGGACAUUUUUCUUUUGGCCUAUAGGAGGCGCACCAAUGAGUAAAUCGUGAAUAUACACCAGGUAGACAGGCCAGCCUGACUCUCUGACCUGCAUACACACAUUUAUCACCUGAAUGUCCUGAAUGCAGUAUGAACUGAGCAAGCAAGUAUAACUUUGCACUGUACUUUCUGUGCACUUGUUAUCUGUGUUACCACGGCAACGCUCUGAUUGUCAAGGGAUCGCGAGACACUUCAGUCUGCAGCUCACACCCGGCAGAGCUGCAGAGUGAAGGCUGUCUCUCCGGGCGGACUGGAGGGGCCGCGCACUCGGCAGCAUAAAGGGCAAACAGCCGGAUCCCCCCUGAUGUCGGGUCCUCGGUCAUGGGCCGAGGACCCAACUUGUAUGUCUGCCCUAAGGCGAUUUAGGAGGCCGCAAAGCCUUAGGCGGCCGCCUAAAUCACCUAAUCAGAGAGCCACCUCUGCCUAGACAUAAUUGUCAUUUUUUUUCUUCCUGGGUGUCAGUAAUCUGUAAAUGAAGAAAUUACUCCUCAUACAUAAAUUAAACUAUAAUUUUAUCCCUCACCUUAACUCUAAAUGUCCCAUGUCCCAGUGCAGUAGUGACGCCCCUAUCGGUAAACUGCAUGUUAGUUAGUUUACUUACCUUGCAGGGCCUACCUCGCUGAGCAGCCUACUCAGACACCGGGAUCCCGAUGGAGGAUGAGUUCCGAUGACUGUCGAGCUGUGAGGGGAAACACAUUCUGAUUAAAAAAAAACAUAAUUUGACAGAACACGGACAGGGCUGUGUACGCAGACCCACUAACAUACAGUAAAACUGGCCAACUGGGCAGAGACACAGUAAAAUGAAGGAUGGGAUUGGGAUUGCAUCCAGACAGCAACAUCCUCUGCACAGCUAUUGUUCAUGCACUACUGUGCCAUGCCUAGCUGUCGGGGCCCAGUGCAGACCACAUUGACUACAUCUGAUCCAUUCCAUUAGGCAGUAUAAGGGCGCAGUGUCCUUGUGCUCUCUGCACCUGUCCUGUGCGUGGGGACAGCACAUGUGGGAGGGUCCAAGGAUGCAGAAAGGUUGUGGGCCAUGGCAGCACAGAACCUGGUAGGCAGCACGUGCCACAGGGCAGGGCCUGCGGAAACAGAGUGGGAGGGAGGAGAAGGUAUCCCAAGCUCACUGUCUGUAUAGCCUGCUGUGCUCCCAAUGCUGCCCCAUAGCAGUAACUAGCUGACAGGAAGAACACUGGGAAUUGCUAACUAAAAGCCACAGUCCUCCAUCAAGGUGGUAAUAAGUUACCAGCAUGCAUUGAGUGGCAGUGAAUGUUGUAUGCCAGUAAAGUUGUGUGUAAUGUGCUUGUGUCUGUAUGCGUAAGCUUGUGUGUAUGUCAGUGAGCUUGUGUCUGCAUGUGUAUGUCCAUGAACUGGGGUGUAUAGAGAGCUUGUGUUUGUAUGUAACCGUGAGCUUGUCUGUGCUGAGAUUGCGUGUGUGUGUGUGUGUGUGCGUACAUAGAAGUGUCUGUAGUGAUAUUGUGUAUGUUUCUUGUAGCAUGUGUGUAUGUUUCGGAUCAUAUGGGAUAUUUUUUUUUUUUUUAUGUUUACAUUGCAGUGUUAACACUGCUUCUAGUGGCUGCUUACCAGACAGCCAUUACAGCCUCUUUUAGCAGUUUUAUGGAGCUUGAAAAUUCCCAUAGGAAAGUAUUGAUUUAAUGCUCUCCUAUGGGAAAAGCCUAAUGAACCCUUGCCGCGCAUGGGCAUUAGGUUCACCCUAGUCGGCUGAUGUCGGCGAAGGGGAUGUUAAUCCCGAUGCUGGAAUUGGGCAAGCGUAAAAAUAGUUUUACAAUUUAUUUAUUUAACACGGGGAGGAGAAUUAAAGAGGGGGCAGAGAGCUCUAGUGCCUUACAGUAUAGUUUUGUAUUCCUGACACUAUAGUUUUCCUUUAACCCAGGAUUGUUGAGAGGCAUAAUGUUAGUCACUCUUUCAUUUACUAUAAAGGAUUAAUAGUGAUCUGAUAGUGAAACGUGUGUUAGGCAUUUUAUUUAGUCCAAUAGAAAUGUUAUUUUGAGAGAGACACGGAAAGGAUAGCUCAGGACUGUAUAUUCAGCUGAAAAAAAAUGUGAUUUACAGAGAGACAAACCGCUCUCCUUAUAUCUGGGACACAGCAAUUGAUAUGCUUUUUGCUUCUAGCUGAUCUGGGUAGCCGGCAACCCAGGGCUUUAACCUGUCACAUGCUUUAGCCUGUCAUUUGUCUCUAUUCAUGAUACUUGGUCAAAUCACUUAAUAUAUUGGUUGGUUAGCCACAAUGCUACAUGGGGACUUAAAGGGACUCUCCAGUGCCAGGAAAACAUAUCCAUUUUCCUGGCACCACAGGACCCUGUAGUGCCCCUCUCCCUCCCACCCCAUACUGCUGAAAGGGUUAAAACACCUUCAGCUACUUACCUGAAUCCAGCGCCAAUGUCCCUCGGCACUGGGUCAGGCUCUGCCCGCGCUCCUCCCCUGCCGACGUCAGCUGGCGGGGUAGACCUAAAGCGCAUGCGUAGCAAUGGCCGUGCACAUUAGACCUCCCCAUAGGAAAGCAUUAUUCAAUGUUUUCCUAUGGGGAUUCCGGCGACGCUGUAGGUUCUCAUGCAUAGCGUGAGGACGUCCAGCGUCAUUUAAAAGAACACGGAAGUCCCUCUAGUGGCUGUCUACCAGACAGCCACUAGAGGAGGACUUAACCCUGAAAGGUAAUUAUUACAGAUUAUAAAAACUGCAAUAACAACACUUGCAGGGUUAAGGGUGGUGGGAGUUGGCACCCAGACCACUUUAAUGGGCAGAAGUGGUCUGGGUGCCUGGAGUGUCCCUUUAAUCAACCAGCAGCCCAAACAGGUUUAUAGUCUUCCUUAUAUGAGCAAAUGGAUAGCCUUUCGGCAAGUGGAUACAUUGUAGCUUCAGUAAACAUUUCAUCCUUGAGAGGAGGGCUAUAGCCAAGCUCAAUAGAAAAGCAGUUUGCAACAGGUUGAAACAAUGUUUUAUUUGAGUUGUUUAACUUUACAGUAUAUUAGCAGAAUUGGCAGUCUUAUUCAGCACAAUUUCAUCAAUGUGAAACUACACAGGGAAUGUUCGGUUUAUGGACAGAAUUAGUGUUUUCCCUUUUAAACGUACAGUGUCCUAAAUAGACACGUUUCUAUCGACAUACAUUCUAAUGGUAAAUGUAGGUUCAUUUUCUGAAUUCAUCUUUAAUCUUUAUUUUCUUAGUAUAGGGGCACCACCAUUUCAUAUGAGAAUUUUGGUACUGCUUAGGUUCCAUUGUCAUAUGUGCUAGGGGUGUAACUAGCUACCGGCACAAAAGUACAGAUUUCUGUAUGUGUAACGUACAUGAACUUUAAUCACUUUAAUAUGGGAAGCCUUAAUUAAGGUAGACCAUGUGGAAGUGCUCCGGCACUGCUUUGCCAUGGACGUAGUGUCCUUAGUUUACUGAGCACAACCCAAAUGUGUAUAAUUUUAUGUGCACACUAUAAAGAUUGGGGGUAUUUUUUUCACAAGGUUUUUCUAAGUAAAUUUAAAAUUCAAGGCAAGAGUAGCCAGACUGAAAGCAUAGCUGAAUUGUUCCAGUUCAACUACUUUGGCCUUAAAUCUGAAUUUCACUCUCCUCAGUGUCCUUAGAUGUGGCAUAUAAGGGAACUAAAACAGGACCAGUGGCGUACAUACCAGGGUCGCAGGGGUCGCGGCUGCGACCGGGCCCGGGCCUCCAGGGGGCCCGGCCGCCCCUGCGACCCGGUAUGUAGCCACUGGGCCAGCCUCUUCUCCUGGGGGGCCCAGGAGCCGACCACCCCAGGGCCCCCCGAGGCUGGCCCUGCUGACACCGGGCAGGCGGGUGGCCGGUUGGGCAGGCGGGCGCGCGAGGGAGCACUCAGUGCUUCCUCUUCAGCUCCCUCGCGCACCGCACUGAUACCGGAGCCGGAAGAUGACGUCAUCUUCCGGCUCCGGCAUCCCUGCGUGGCGCGCAAGGGAGCUGAAGAGGAAGCACUGAGUGCUCCCUCGUGCGUCCGCCUGCCCGACCGGCCACCCGCCCAGGAGCCCAGCUGCAGCACCACUGGACCCCAGGGAAUCCCCCCAGCACUCUAAAAGGUAAGGAGGCUGGGGGGAUUAUAUUAAAAAAAAAAUAGAGUGUUAGAGUGAGUGUUAGAGUGAGUGUUAGAGUGAGUGUUAGAGUGAGUGUUAGUGUGUGUGUCUGCUAGUGAGCGUUAGUGUGAGUGUUAGAGUGAGUGUUAGAGUGAGUGUUAGAGUGAGUGUCUGCUAGUGAGUGUUAGUGUGUGUGUUAGAGUGAGUGUUAGUGUGUGUGUCUGCUAGUGAGUGUUAGUGUGAGUGUUAGUGUGUGUGUCUGCUAGUGAGUGUCAGUGAGUGUGUUACUGUGUGUGUCUUACUGAGUGUGUGUGUUAGUGAGUCUAUUUGAUGUCUGUUAGUGAGUGUGUGUUUGUCAAUGAGAGUGUAUGUUUUGUGAGUGUGUAUGUAUGUCUGUCGCUGACUGUGUCUCUGUCAGUAAAUGUGUGUGUCUGUUAGCUAGUGUGUAUCGUCUGUAAGUGUGUGUGUGUGUGUCUUCAGCACUUACCUUUCUCCAGCGCCGGGCUCCCUUGGCGCUGAGGAUCCCUCAGCCUCUCAGCUCCGAAUGUGACCGCGCACGCAUUCAAACAGCCCAUAGGAAAGCAUUACUCAAUACUUUCUUAUGGACGUUCAGUGUGCUCCUCUAGCGGCUGUCAGUGAGACAGCCACUAGAGGCUGGAUUAACCCUCAGUGAAACAUAGCAGUUUUUCUGAAACUGCUAUGUUUUCAGCUGCAGGGUUAAAACUAGAGGGACCUCGGAUCAAUUUUCGCACCGGGGCCCCAUGGAUCAUGUGUACGCCACUGAACAGGACAGAACCUCAAAUUCAAGACGGUCCCAAUGGAACCAAAACAAUUGAGAGUUAUGAUCUUAUUAACUUGCAGUUACACUACUGAAGUAACAUUUCUCAUUAAACAACACCCUAACACACUAUAUUUAAUUUACAGUAACUAAUAGUUUGUUCUGAGUUUUCAGAUCUGUUCUAACCUAAACAAAUAACCAAGUGUUUUCUACUACAAGCUGGGCCAAAAUUCAGAAUUAGAUUUGACAGGUAAAUACAUUAUCUGGUAGUAGUUAUGUUUUUGUUGCAGGUAUAUAUUAUAACUAAUCUUGGGAGAUUCAUCAUGGGUAACUUCACAAAGGAACAAGUUAAAAUAGUGGAAUUAAAUAUUCAAAAUGGCAGGUCCAUUAUUUUGACACAAAGAGCUUACCGCCACCACUUCAAUGUAAGCCACCAUGUUCGCCCGACCUUUCAUUUCCUGAAUACAUCCUGUGGGGAUAUCUGAAGGAGCGCGUGUACAUGAACGAACCGUAUUCACUUGAGCAGUUCAAGAAGAACAUUCUUGCAGAAAUUUGAACGCUAGAGCCUCAAACACUAAUGCUAUGAACAAUGCAGUUAAAAGAGCUGAUUUUGCGAGACGGUGUUCUAUGCCGUUCCGCAUUAAAAGGGCUGUAAAGCCGUUGCGGCGGCAUAGAACGCCGUAACGGCUUUCAGCCCCUGGAGGUCCGGUGGACUUACCUCCGCCGCGAUCCUCUUCUGGAGGGCUGCCUGACAGCCCAGGCACCCCUCCCCCGGCAAAUGAGGCCCCCGGGAUCUGCCAGCAGGGGGACUGUCUGAAAUGUCAGACAGUCCCACUGCUGGUGGGAAAGUAAAAAAAAAAAAAAAUUUAAAAUAAAUGUAUUUUUAUAUAUAUAUAUAUAUAUAUAUAUAUAUAUAUAUAUAUAUAUAUAUAUAUAUAUAUAUAUAUAUAUAUAUAUAUAUAUAUAUGUGUAUAUAUAUAUAUAUGUAUAUCUUUUAUAUAUAAUAUUAUAUAUAUGUAACGUCAUACAAAGUGUAUUUUAAUAUUAAUAUAAGUACAUAUAUUAGUAUUAAAAUACACUUAGAAUGAUGUUACAUAUAUAUUAUAUAUAUAAUAGAUAUAUACACAUAUAUUUUUUAUAUAUAUAUGUAUAAUUACAAUAAUAAAUAAAAUAUUGAAACAAAAUUUAAUAUAAAUUAUAUAUUCAUAUGUAAUUUCAUUCGAACUGUAUUUUGUUAUUUAUAUAUAUAUAUAUAUAUAUAUAUAUAUAUUGGUAACAAAGUACACUUAGAAUGACAUUCUAUAUAUAUAUAUAUAUAUAUAUAUAUAUAUAUAUAUAUAUAAAAUACAAAUAACCGCAAAUAUAUAUAUAUAUAGAUAAAUACAUAUAAUUACAUAAAAGAUUACAUUAGUAUACACGUAGAAUUUAAAUACUUAUAAAUGCAUAUAUAUUAAAAUUCUAUGUGUAUAUUUAAGUAAUCUUUUAACAUAAUUAUGUGAUUUGAUUAAUUAAAAUUUGAUUGACAUGCCUGACAACACAGGGAGAAAGUGCAGAGAAUUUAAUUCGCAAUAUAUUUGACCCUUUAACUCUCCAAGACACCAUAAAACCCGUACAUAGGGGGUACUGUUUUACUCGGGAGACUUCGCUGAACUCAAAUAUUAGUGUUUCAAAAUGAUAAAUUGUAUUACAACGAUGAUAUUUUAAGUAAAAUUUAUGUUUUUUGCAUUUUUUUUACAAACAAUGGCACUUUUAUGGACUAUAUUAUUGUUGUAAUAUGUUUUACUGUUUUAAAACACUAAUAUUUGUGCUUAGUGAAGUCUCCCGAGAAUAACAGUACCCCCCAGGUACAGGUUUUAUGGUGUUUUGGAAAGUUAGAGAGUCACAUAUAAGGCUUGCAUUUCAUUUUUUUGACAUUGAAAUAUGCCAGAUUGGUUAUGUUGCCUUUGAGAGUGUAUGGUAGCCCAGGAAUGAGAAUUACCCCCAUGAUUGCAUACCAUUUGCAAAAGUAGACACCCCACUUGCAAUACCUUGGGUUAUGUCCAGUCUUUCUUAGUAGCCACUUAGUCACAAACACUGGCCAAAUAUUAGUUUUUUGCUUUUUUUCACACAAAAACAAAUAUGAACGCUAACUUUGGCCAGUGUUUGUGACUGUGGCUACUAACAAAAAGACUAAACAUACCCCACUUUCAAUACCUUGGGUUGUCUACUUUUUCAAAUGGUAUGCCAUUAUGGGGGUAAUUCUCAUUCCUGGGCUACCACACCAUCUCAUAGGUAACAUUACUAAUUUGGCAAAUUUCAAUUUGAAAAUGGAACGUUCUAUAUUUUACCCUGUAACUUUCCAAAACACCAUAAAACCUGUUAAUCGCUGAUUACAAAUAUGUGCAUUUUCUUGCAGUAAAACCUUACAGUAUUAUGACAUUAACAGCUAAAAUGUCAGACGGAAAUACAAAUUAAAGAUUUUUCUCAAAUUUUUUUAAAUUUUAUUCAUAAUAAAUUAUGUUCCAUAUAUGAAUAGUUAAUGAUAAAUUAAAGCCCUGUUUCUCCUGAAUAAAAUGAUAUAUAAUAAGUGUGGGUGCACUGCAGCGGUGAAUUACGGUUGAACAGACAUAUAGCGCAAAUUCCAGUUUUUGUUUACAUUUUGUUUUGAUCAGAACGUGUACUAUUGACUCCAUCCUGAAGGGGUUAAUCAUUUAUUAUUGAAUGAAUGUAAUAUCAUUGAAAUUGGUUCAUUAAUAAAAAGUGAUUGACUCCUCAAACCUUGCUCUGAGUUUUGACCCACCCUGUAGUUUAGUUUAAUAUUAGUAGUUUUGUUAAAGCUGCAUAAAACAACGUAGCAAACACCGCAAUGAAGCAUGCAUUAACUAUACCUGAAUAUUUCAUAUGUGUUUACAUUUACAGAUGUUUAUAGGUCACUAUAAAUGUGAGAUAAACAGUUUUGCCCAUAUAUAAAAUGACAAAAUAACAGAUAUUAUUAAAGAUUAGGUCUAGUCACAGCCACUACUGUUAUAUACAUGGCUCACAUAAUAAAAUGUAAAAGCAUCUACUUGCUACAACUGCAUACACACAUACACCACCCCAGGAAAUUCUUAAACAGGAUUUACUCUGAGAUAGAAUAGAACUGGCACCAGCAAGUGUUGCUCUUUAAAACCUGAAAGGGGGGCAUAGCUGCAAUCACAUUAAAAAGAUACUACAGACCCCUAAAGCACUUUAGCUUUGAGUGUGUUCUCUUUUUUUCAUUCUUCAAAAGUGCACAUUUCAGUAGAAAUUGGCACUUUUAUAAACUAGUCUUGUUACACCCCCAAGUUGUCAAUCAGACAACCUGUCCUAUUACUUCCUGGUUUGGUUAACUCAGUGGAACUAAACUCAAGAGGCAGCAAUUGCUCAGAGCACCUGCCUUGCAAACACUUCUCAUGGAGCUGCAUUGGGAAGUCUGUGAUUGGACAGCCACAGAAAGUCUGGGCGGGGUUAGAAGAGGAGAGCUUGCAAAUGCUACAGACAAGAGAUCUGGAGCAUUUGCAGGCUCUUUUUACAUAUCCCCAGAUGGGGGAAAAAAAUGCAUAAUUAAAUGAAUGCAUGUUUUUAUUGGCAGUUCAUAAACUGCACUACUGCCAUUACCAGUACAAUGGAUCACACUUUGCAAACUGAAGACUUUGUGUAUUGCAGUAUGUAUUUUAAUAUUCAUUUAAUUUAAUUUUACAAAUAUGCCACUGAGCUAUUUUUUAUAUUUGAAAAAGGGAUUGUCAAAUGUCAAGCUAAUGUUGUGUAAUUCAUUUUUGUUCCUGUCAAUAAAAUGUUCAUAAACACAGAUUUUAGAUCUAUUGUACAACCCGAGGGAGAUCAGGACUUUGCCCACACAUGUCCUCCUAAUUAAUGUAUCUUUCCUUCAGUCACAGACUUGAUGAAACCAGGUGUGUGGUACAAAUUUAAGAAAGAAGAAUGUGGGAAAAAGUAUUGGUUAGCUAAAAUAAUGUGGGUAGUUCUGCCUGUCAGGUGGAAAUAAUACUUUAGUAGAGUAUUACAUCAUCUAAAAAGUUCUAUCCUGAAAGGAACACUCAUAAAUGAUGAGCUAAGCCAUGCAUUGGUAGUGGAGGCAGGAACGGCGUCCCAUUGACCCCAGGUAAGAAGUUAAAUUGUUGAAAAACGGUUUGACUCUUUACUGUGGGGAGGCACCAGGGCACUCCUGGCACAACAACCAAAAAAAAGAUAUAGUGAUUAUUCCAACUCUCUUCUUGACCCUCUUCAAUCUGGCCCUUUCCACUCUACUGAGACUGCUCUUAUCAAAGUUACUAGCACCCUAAUCACAGCUAAAUCCAAAGGCCACUACUCCAUACUAAUUCUUCUUGACCUCUCUGCUGCCUUUGACACCAUUGAUCAUGCUCUCCUACUUUAAACUCCUCAAUCACUCAGUCUCUGUGACUCUGUCCUCUCGUGGUUUUUCUCUUAUUUCUCCCAAUGCUCAUUUAGUGUCUCCUUUUCUAAUGAUUCCUCCUCCCCUCGUCCUGUCUUGGUUGGUGUUCCCCAAGGCACGGUCCUUGAUCCCCUUCUAUUUCCUCUUUGUACUACCUCUCUUGGCAUACGUAUUACCUCAUUUGGAUUCCACUACCACCUGUACGCUGAUGACAUCCAGAUAUAUCUCUCCUCCACGGACCUCUCCCCAGCUGACCUGCAACGUGUCACUGCUUGCCUUUCUUCCAUCUCUGACUGGAUGUCCUCACGCUUUCUGAAACUCCAUCUCUCUAAAACUGACCUCCUUGUCUUUUCUCCUCCUAAUCCUGAUCCUCCUUUUUCGCUCUCCCUUCAAGUUAGUGCUACCCACAUAAGUCCAUCUUUGCAAGCCUUCUGUCUUGACAUCGCACUUGAUUCUGGCCUCACCUUUGAGCCUCAUAUCCAGAAUGUUGCCAAAUCCUGUAGAUUCCAUCUUAAAAACAUAGCCCACAUCUGCCCCUUUCUUACGCAAGAUGCUACCAAGGAGCUUGUCCAUGCUCUAGUAAUUUCCUGCAUGGAUUAUUGUAACGCUCUCCUAAUUAGUCUUCCCAAAAGCCUUAUUCCCCUGCUACAGUCUGUAAUGAAUGCUGCCGCCAGACUGAUUUUCCUCUCCAGUUGCUCCUCUCACACCUCACCCCUCUGUUAGUCCUUACAUUGGCUUCCUUUAUCCUAUAGUAGUCAAUUCAAAGUGCUAACCAUUACCUAUAAAGCACUGAACAAUUUUAGCCCAUCUUAUAUCUUUUCACAGAUGGGUCUCUCCGCUCUGCCCAUGACCUUCUCUUGUCACUGCACGCACCCGCACAGCCAAGUCACGCUUGCAGGAUUUCUCGCGGGCGGCUCCUUUCCCAUGGAAUAGCCUACCUACCCCAAUCAGACUCUCCUCUGGUCUUCAAUCGUUUAAGAAGUGCCUUAAAACCCAUCUCUUUAGGAAAGCUUAUGGCCUCCCAGAGUAACCUCUACCUUACAUACCUAACUCUUGCACUCUCCUAAAGGGCAGCACUUUACUCUCUCCUCCAGCUCUGCUUCACUCCCACCUUAUUUGAUUGCUAUUUCUUGUCCUAAUGUGUUUUAUACCCCACCUCCUAGAAGCUCGUUUGGGCAGGGUCCUCUUCAGUCUAAUGUUCCUGUAAGUUUUCUUGUAAUUGUCCUAUUUAUAGUUAAACCUCCCUCUCAUAAUAUUGUAAAGCGCUACGGAAUCUGUUGGUGCUAUAUAAAUGGCAAUAAUUAUAAUAAUGGUGGUGCAUGUAGUGUUCCUAUAAUCAAAAUACUACAAAUCUUAGUUACUCUAGUUAUGAUUCAGAUGACAUCAUCAAAAGUAAUUAGAUAUUUUAUCUCUGGCCAGUGAUUCACAUCAUUUAAUUUGGUUUGCUGCCCAAGGUUUAUGAGUCCUGAGCAGUUUUUCAAAUACAGCGGCUCCAUUCCUCAAACCAAUUCAAGCUGCAGUGCAUUGCCUGGCUGCAGGGUCUCUCUUAGAAAGCUCUGAGAGAGCCCAUCAAAGUCAUUUAAGAGUUAGGUGGCAAUUAUGUGAUUUGCAGAAACCUAUUGAUGGCCUAAAAUUUCCCAUGGGUUCCCUAAUUUAUUGUGUUUUUAUUUUUUUUUAUUUUUUUUAUUUAAGGAUAUCUUGUUUAAUUGUAUCAUAUCUUCUAUUUUCUUCCUUUUCAGUUUCUUGAAAUUGUCCUUUGUUUGUUGAAAUGUGGAUUAAGUUCCAUGUCACGCAAUUUAAUAUUUAUAAUGCCUGAAAUCUGAAUUUCACUUUAUUUUGUUGCCAACUGAAUUAUGAAUGCAUGCCUGGGGUCCUGAAACAUUAAGGUGUGCCUUGUGGUCUUUAGGUGUGGAAAAAAAGCCUUUGCCAGCACAUGUUUUAUUCAUAGAUGUAUCUUUGAUGAUCUAACAUAAGAAGAGAUUUAGAAGUUAUCAAGAUGUAGGUAUUUUGGGUUAGCUGUGGUAAAGAGUAUAUCUUUCAGAAACGGCUGUUAUGUAUUUGAUAAUUUUAUGUUCAAAAUGUUUGAUUUGUUCAUAUAUAUAGUUUUUAUUUUGCAGGUGGAACGUGAAAUCUUUUUCACCUGUGCUGUAACCAUAGGACUGAACAAUGGUACUCAUAUUAGGAAGAAGACUGGUCAGAGAGGAGGGUGGGAUACGAGAAUCGCCAGCAACUAAAAGAAAAGUAUUUGAGAUGGAACCUAAGCAGUUGACUGGUCAUGAAGUUUUUGAGUUUAAUUCUGGCUCUACACAUUCUGAAAGCAUCCUUCAGGUCUUUAAUGAGUUCAGAGAGAGCCGAUUGUUUACUGAUGUAAUUAUCUGUGUUGAGGGCAGGGAAUUCCCAUGUCACAGAGCUGUCCUUUCUGCCUGCAGCAGCUAUUUCCGGGCUAUGUUUUGUAAUGAUCACAGAGAAAGCCGUGAGAUGCUGAUUGAAAUUAAUGGGAUUUAUGCAGAAGCAAUGGACUGCUUCUUACAGUAUGUUUAUACCGGAAAAGUGAGAAUCACAACUGAAAAUGUUCAAUACCUGUUUGAAACCUCAAGCCUAUUUCAGAUUGGUAUUUUACGUGAUGCAUGUGCCAAAUUUUUGGAAGAACAGCUAGACCCAUGCAAUUGCUUGGGGAUUCAGCACUUUGCAGACACCCAUUCCCUCAAAACUCUCUUUACCAAGUGUAAAACCUUUUCACACCAAGCAUUUGAAAUUGUCGUUCAACACGAGGAGUUUCUGGAGCUGGGUAAAGCAGAACUCAUUGACUAUAUCUGUACAGAUGAUUUAGUUGUAAGCAAAGAAGAGUUGGUCUUUGAAGCAGUCAUGCGUUGGGUGUACCAUCAUGUUGAUGUCCGAAGACCCGUGUUGCAAGAACUCUUGACACAUGUCCGACUCCCUCUGUUACAUCCUAACUAUUUUGUGCAAACUGUAGAGGUUGAUCAGUUAAUUCAGAAUGCCCCUGAUUGUUACCAGCUGCUUCAUGAAGCAAGACGAUAUCACAUCCUUGGUAAUGAGAUGAUGUCCUCGCGGACCAGGCCUCGCAGGUUAGAAAACUUUUUAGCCACUCCUGUUCAUCUCAGGGAUAAUUUUUUCUUUUUUUGUUAUGUAAUCAUAAGGUUACAAUACAUCCAAAAGCACAUUUGGAAAGAAAAUGUAUUUAUCUACAUGAGCCAUAAUGUAGAAAAGAAACAAACAUUAUACAUUACAGUAACAAUACACUUCAUUGAGUUGAAUGGACUAUGCAUGUUAUUGUGCCAGUAGUCCGGCUUAGCCUUGUCAAAUACUCACUCGCUGAGUACAGAAAUUUUGAUCUUUACACUUGGACAGCUCAAUCAACACUCACUAUAGUGGUUUAACAAAAAGUUCAGUUAUGCAAACACUUUUCAAUUACUCUAAAUCUUUACCCCUUAUAAAUCCAGUGAUAUUGAAGUCCAGAAAUUAGGCAGACCAAAUUCAUUGGUCUUUGUUUUUGUUACAUAGUAAUAGAGUAUAUUUACAUCAACGUGUGUAGAAUGUCCUUGCCAGUCACUGAUAUAUAAGUAUAUAUGUAUCACAUUUAGCCAACACAUUGACAAUAAGUGAGUUUGUCACAGAAUUAAUGACCAUAUAGUCAAACAGAUGCUAAAGGGCCAUGUUCGAAAUGUCCUAAUUCUUUCUUCUGUAAGUUUUUUUUUUUCUUUCCCUAGGGCAGGGGUUCUCAACCCAGUCCUCAUGACCCCCUACCAGUCCAGGGUUUAGGGAUUACCUGGGUGUGUCUAAGGUGUUUAGAAAAAGAAAAAAAAACACCUUAGAGUCUAAGGUUUUUUUUUCUUCCCUUUUUCUAAACACCUUAGACACACCCAGGUAAUCCCCAAAUCCUGGACUGGUAGGGGGUCCUGAGGACUGGGUUGAGAACCCCUGCCCUAGAAGGUGGCACUAUAUGACCCAAAGUAUAAAAUUUAGCAUUUACAAAAACAUGAAAAUGUCUGUAAAAUAUGAGCAUAAUUUAAUGUAAUUUCAGUCAUGUUAUUUUUUUUAAACCUAUAAUUAAUUUGUUUUUGGAAUUGUGCACAAAGGCGUACUUGUAUUUUUGGCUUUUAAAGCUCCUUGCUUUUUGAAGAAUUAACUAAAAGUCCUUUGUUUUAUUAUUUCCAUAUACCGGUAAUAAAUAGUAGAACUGUUUUGUUUUGUUUUUUUGUUGGUUUUGUUAAGCACACCAUUAUCGGCAAGUAGAUUCAAUUUCAUUAAUUGUUGCUGUGUUGAUUAUUUGCUAGAUCUACAGGAUACUCCGAAGUGAUUGUGGUGGUAGGAGGUUGCGAGCGUGUUGGAGGGUUUAAUCUUCCAUAUACUGAAUGCUAUGACCCUGUGACUGGAGAAUGGAAAUCACUAGCCAAGCUGCCAGAAUUUACAAAAUCAGAAUAUGCUGUGUGUGCUCUUAGAAAUGAUAUUCUUGUUUCAGGUAAGCAGAGGUGCACAAGUCUUGUUUUUUUAGAAGACAUCCAUUCAUGCAAGGUGCUGCAUGCUCAAUUUCUAUACUUACUUUAAAGCCCUUUAAUACCCGGAAAAAAACGCCUUUAAAGUCCUUUUCCCACGUUUUAAUAUUUUAGUCAUACUUAGGAGUUUAUUCACUAAACAUUUGGUGUUUGGCUCAAAAUUUUCUUUUUGCAUAUUAAUAUCAUUAUUGGUAUUUAUAUAGUGCCAACUUAUUCCGCAGUGCUUUACAAUUUUGUGAAAGGGGUAAAUUUAACAAAAAAUUAGACAAUUACAAAAUGUAACAGGAACAAUAGUAGCUGAGGAUCCUGCUCAAACCAGCUUACAGUCUAGAGUAGGUGGGGUAUAAAGACACAGUAGGAGGGGCAUCAAAGAAAACGGCACACAAACAAGGUGACAAUGUAACAGAAUUGGAGGUGAGAGUGGAGUGUGGAGAGAGCAAGUGACCGAUAUGAAACAUAGAAGUUACUCUGGGAAGCCAUAAGCAUUCCUGAACAGAUGAGUUUUGAAAGACUUCUUAAACGAUUGAAGACUAAGUGAGAGUCUGAUGGGGGUAGGCAGGCUGUUCCAAAGGAAAAGAGCCGCCCGUGAAAAGUCCUGCAAGUGCGAAUUAGCAUGAGGGUACGAGCAACAGACAGGAGAAGGUCACCGCCAGAGCGGAGAGGCUGCAAAGGUUGUUAUAAUGUAUAGGAUCCAGACAUUUAUCAAGCACUGCUUUUGAACCAAUGUUGUGACAGAAUGCAUCCAAUAGGAGGCACAUUUGCAAAUUAUCAUUCAUUCAAAUACGGGCCUGUAUUUUAAUAUUCGAAUCCUGAUUUCCUCAUAAGAUUCUGAGCUGUUUCAGGUUCAUACAUAACCAUUAAGGAAGUAAUAGUUUAACACCUUAAGGUAAGCUGGAACCCAGAACCUACUCGCACCAUAACAACAUAAUUCCUAUGAAGUUGUUAUGCUGCCCAUAGGUCCUUUUAAACAGAAAGCAUUAAAUUCUGGUGGAACAAUCGCCAUAGCAAAAGUGCCAGAAAGACCUUACUCAAGAAUACACAGAAUUUUAGAAGAGCCUUGGUUAUAAAGGGAAGAAUAUUCAUAGCAGAUUUUUUAUAGUGUACAUGUGUAUUUGUUGUAUUAUAAAUUUUGCUAAAUGAUAUUGUUGUAACUGUGUUUUGUGUCCUUUGCUGGCUUUAAUUGGCCAACUAAGGAUCAUUUGCAAAGAUUUGGUAACAUUUCACACAACAUCAACACAAGGGAGUUGUUUGUGGUCUUUGCUCUGCUAAUGUGCAAAACGUCUGGCUAAUUUUUGGUAUUCGUUAAUUAGGUGAGUGGUUUUGUAAAUGAUUUUACAGUCCUUUUGGUUGAAUUCAAUAGGAGAAAAAUUGUUCCUGUAAUGUGUCAAUAAGUCUGUAAAAAUGAGUUUAAUAAAAAGUUGAAUUAUGAAGUGGUGUAAAUAGUUUAGCUGUUGCUGAAUUAAGUUACUCAGAAGUCAAUUGAAACAUUUGUGAUAUUUACUAUCAUAUAAAAAUAUAUAAAAGGGUGAAAGAGAGCGCACAAAAAAGAUAUACAAUAAUACUUAUAAGAGAAUGGUACAAAGUACCUCUAGAUAAUAGCUGCUAAACAAAAAAAGAACUUCCCAAAUUCAAUGAAUAAACUGUAAGAUAUUGUGUUGUCAGCGCUUAGUGAAUAAUCCCCUUAGAUAUAAUCAGGGGUAAAGGUCUUAACAAAUGUAUCUAUAAUAAUUAGAAACAGCAAUAGCAUAUAGUGUUAAGAGUGUCAAUAUAACUGAUAGUAACAAUCAGAUUGUAACCAAAAAAUCUAAAUUGUAUCUCAGUCCAGUAUAAAAUAUGUAGCAGGGUCCAAAGUGACAGGAGGUCCACAGUGUUGUUUGGGAACACAAUCUUUGACUUUGAAUCCCUUAAAAAAGACAGAAAAUAUAUAUAGUGCAAUACUGUAUUUAAUGUCUUAAAACACCAAUGGAAUCCCCCUCCCCAACAUAGGAACCUUGAAAAAGCCCACUAAGAGGGGCGAAACGCGUUGAUUAGGUGAUCAUCCUGCAUUUUAUCUUGUUUUGCUGUCAACACUCUGCAUGACAAGUUUUUAUGCUAACUGGAGGCAGCAUUACAAAGAGGAGAACUUUUACUGAAUCCACAGCCAGCCUCAGUGCACGAGGAACGCUCCGGACGGCAUCCUUGAAGCAGAGGAGAGAUAAGACUGCAGCCAGAUAAGCUUUUAUUGUGGUCCUUAGAGAUAAGCACCACAUUUUUCUUCUGUAAGGGUUCCUAUGUUGGGGAGGGGGAUUCCAUUGGUAUUUUAAGACAUUAAAUACAGUAUUGCACUAUAUAUAUUUUCUGUCUUUUUUAAGGGAUUCAAAGUCAAAGAUUGUGUUCCCAAACAACACUGUGGACCUCCUGUCACUUUGGACCCUGCUACAUAUUUUAUACUGGACUGAGAUACAAUUUAGAUUUUUUGGUUACAAUCUGAUUGUUACUAUCAGUUAUAUUGACACUCUUAACACUAUAUGCUAUUGCUGUUUCUAAUUAUUAUAGAUACAUUUGUUAAGACCUUUACCCCUGAUUAUAUCUAAGGGGAUUAUUCACUAAGCGCUGACAACACAAUAUCUUACAUAUUUACUAUCAUGAUCACAGGCUAACUUCGCAAUGUAACUGAGCUCAGCCAGCACAUUUACACUGAACAAAAUUCUAAACGCAACACUUUUGUUUUUGCCCCCAUUUUUCAUGAGCUGAACUCAAAGAUCUAAGACUUUUUCUACGUACACAAAAGGCCUAUUUCUAUCAAAUAUUGUUUACAAAUCUGUCUAAAUCUGUAAAAACAACAAAUAAAACAGUUACCUACGCUCUUCCCAAAUCCCUAUGCAUAUUUAACAAAUGGAGGCUAUUUAGUUUCUCCAAUGGCCAUGAGAGAGUUUAGCCCACCUGCCACGUCAAGGCUAACCUCUCAGGUGGGUCCUACUCUAACCUUUCAGCUUGCUUCCUUGAGCAUCUGGCAAAGAUCUCUCUAAUGAGACAGAAAAAGGUAUUUUUUUAUAUACACCCCUACAUGCUUAUUAACCCCUAAUAAGGAACACAUGGGAUGGGCGGCAGCAUUGUAACAUAGCUGUGUGAUACAAAAGUGAAUAAUAAAAAAAAAAGUCCUGAGCUCAAACUCCCAUCACUCCUGGGCGGCAGCAAUGACCAUAGUUCACAUCAGCCCCAAUACAUAUAGUAAAAACCAAAGAAAAAAGUUACCUGCGCUCUUCCCAAAUCCCUAUGCGUAUUUGAACAAAUGGAGGUUAUUUAGUUUCUCCAACGGCCAUGAGAGACUUUAGCCCACCUGCUACAUCAAGGCAGACCUCUCAGGUGGGUCCUACACUAACCUUUCACCUUGCUUCCCUGAGCUUCUGGCAAAGAUAUCUCUAAUGUGAUAUCUCUGAGUGAUAGGAAGGAUUUGCUUUAAAAUAGAACAGUCACUUUCUGUGACCUUGUAUGCAUUCUUAAAAAUUAAAACAUUAUCAUAAACAUUAUCCCCCUGAUUUUAUCUAAUAAAUUACUCUACUGAGUAAUUUUCAGUAUAUUCUUAUGUGCAGUGUACAUUGGCAUAAACAACACAGUCUUAAUCUAUAAACCAAAGCCCACUAUUGUUGGAAUCUAUAAAUAAAAACCAGUGUCAUGUGAGUUCAUUCCAGUUUCAUUGUUAAGGGAUCAGAUGACGAAUUCAUGUUUCAUAUAUUUGUUUUGUAGGAGGUAGAAUCAACGGCCGUGAUGUUUGGAUGUAUAACUCUCAACUAAACAUCUGGAUCAGGGUUGCUUCUUUAAACAAAGGAAGAUGGCGUCAUAAAAUGGCUGUUCUACUUGGGAAGGUAAGAUAAAAAGUAUCAAUUAAUUAAUUGGUCAAUAAUUCAGUUUUCAUAACAUGAUGUUUGGUGAUACUACCAUGAGUUCAGAGUCGACACUAUAUAGAUAUUACCCAAGAAUGGCAGGCUAAUAAAUACAUGGCAAACAAAUAUAUCACCAAAAGGUACAAAUAGUGGAAGAAAUAAAAUAUAACACGCAAUAAUACUUAACUUCAGAUAACGUGUAACAGCCUCCCUAGGUCGUUACCCAAAAAACGACCUAUAUCAUAUAUAGGAAACCACAACAAAAGAAAUUCGGGAAUAGCUGUGUAAAUCUACAGAGAGAACAUAAAACAAAACAAAAGUGUAAUAUUGUUACAAAAUACAAUAUUCUGUGUGCAGUUAUCGGUUGCACUCACUAGAUAAGAGUAGAUAUAAACACUCUUAAGGUGCCUCCCCAGGUAUAAUGGGGGGCCAAACAAUCCUUCUGUUCACCUCCAAACUCGUAUUCCACCAAAAUACAUCCACAGGUCAGGGUUUAGAAAAUUGAAAAAGGUUUAUUCAAUAAAAAUGUAAGCAGUCACCAAUUUAGCAUAGGAUAUGAAUGCAGAAAAAUAGUCCUAUGCGUUUCGUUCGUUAUGAACUUCCUCAGGGACUGCAAUAAAAUAAUCACCAUGUAUAGUUGUUUUUAGGAUAUGUUUAUUUUAUACUUUGUAUCUAUACAUGGUGAUUAUUUUAUUGCGGUCCCUGAGGAAGUUCAUAACGAACGAAACGCGUAGGACUUUUUUUCUGCAUUCAUAUCCUAUGCUAAAUUGGUGACUGCUUACAUUUUUAUUGAAUAAACCUUUUUCAAUUUUCUAAACCCUGACCUGUGGAUGUCUUUUGGUGGAAUACGAAUUUGGAGGUGAACAGAAGGAUUGUUUGGCCCCUCAUUAUACCUGGGGAGGCACCUUAAGAGCGUUUAUAUCUACUCUUAUCUAGUGAGCGCAACCAAUAAUUGCGCACAGAAUAUUGUAUUUUGUUACAAUAUUACACUAUGAUUUUUUUUAUGUUCUCUCUGUAGAUUUACACAGCUAUUCCCGAAUUGCUUUUGUUGUGGUUUCCUAAUAAAUACAUAUCCCAGAACUGUAAACCAGUUACUUUAUAACACAGACUAUAAGAAUAUGGACAAGAAAAAUACAAGUGACUGUGAGAUGGAAAUGGGAGAGGAGACCGUUUAGAAAUUCGAAAAGAAAAAAAUGUAUUUUUCAUGUAUUUUGGUUUUUGAGCUGCGUGUUAGUGUUGCAAUCCUGCUAACACAGCUUAGAGAUAAUUUUCAAUUCUGUGUACCAUGUACUAUUAAUGAUAGGGUUUCUUUUAACUUCCUCUUUUACCCAAGUGGAACCCACAUCAGAGUUGAACAGAGGGACAAAUAUGACUUAUGUUCAUUAGUAUUCAAUAUUUGAAUCCAUGAUGCUUUCAUGAUAUUCCUACCCUUUGUCUGUCCCUGGCUUGCACUUGAAAUACAUGUCUGGGUAUUUUAACUUAUCAUAGUAUUAAAGGAGAUGGUAUGUUUAGCACUUGGAAGGUACUGGUGGGGUAAGGGAGACAGUUAAACAGGCCAAUCUGGAGUGUCUCUGUUACGGUCCGUUAUAGGAUGUGUAUACGUAGAGAUGGGAGUAGCGCCUUGAGAUUUCCUCAGAUGUAGACCUAUGAAACAAGAGGAAGGGACAAUGGAGGAGUGUAUGGUGUAGUAUGUUGUGUGUGUGUAUAUAAUGUGGUACAGAAAAAGAGAUAAAGUAGUAUAAUGCCCGCCUCAGGACAUUUGGUGUAUCACUUGAUCCAAGUUUGGUCCAGGAGGCAUGUAAAACAAACAGAUAUACAACUAUAUAUUGUAGUUUGCAAAGGAAGCACAGGCUGAGUAAGCAGCUAAAUGGAAGUACACAUAAUUUUAGUGAAGCUUCACAUACUACUAUAGAAAGAACACAGCCACAAAUAUAGGACACUGUGGAGAUUAUACCACUCCACACUGUUCAUUAGAAGCUAUUAAAGGGUUCCACUUAAUGUGCAAUUUCAUUUAUCUACUUCCCCAGCUUGUGCUACCCAUACAUAUUACAGCAAGCAUGUCAGACUUUAAAGGCUAGCACGGGCCAAAUAUACCAGGUUUAAGUUUAUAUGGGCCGCAAAAAAACAGCAAACAUAUAUUUUCAUAGAGACGUAGGUUUGUUUUGAAAAGUACAGUAUAAAAAACAGCAUCCCCCUCUACUAAACCCCAGCCCCCCCCUCCAUACUAAAUCCCAGGUCCCCCCUCUACUAAACCCCAGCCUUGUUUAAAAAAACAAAACAAUAUUAGCCAACAAGCAGACUCCACUCACAUUGCCGCUGACAGCAUGGGACUCCAGAGUCCAGCCUCUGGUAUACCCCCAAUGGCGCGGUCCGCGCCCUGUGCCAAAGCGGAUCCUCCCGCUAUUCCUUGAAGCCCUGUGAAGGUGGAGCACAUUGACGUCACGUGCGUGCCUCCGUGCACCUCCAGUUCCUCCACUGACCAGCCGAGACCAUCAGAACACUGACAAAAACACACUCUCUGACAGACAACACACUGACAGACACACUCACUCUCUGACAGACAGACACACACACUCAUUCUGUGACAGACACACAGACAUUCGCUCACUGACAGACACACACACACACACACUAUCUGACAGACACACAUAGACAGUCACUCACUGACAGACACACUCACACAUUUACACAUUCUUGCACACACUCACAUCAUUUUAUUUAUUGUUUCCUACCUUUGGGAGCUGGUGUGGGGCCUCUCCCUGGGGUCCAGUGAGUAUCUUCUCUCGGGAGGUGUCCUUCCUGCUCCUCACGAGCGCAGUUUAGUGAUGCCGGAAUGACGUCAUAUUCUGGCACCACUACAGAGGGCACGCGCAAGGGAGCAGUGAGGAGCAGGAAGACUGGAGCUCCGUUGCUGCCGCCAGCAACCUCUCUAGGCACCUGGAAUGUGGGGAGAGCAGGUGCCUACUCUACCUUAGUAAGCAUGGCAAACUUGUGGCUCGCUGGGCCGCAAAGAUAUUCAUUGUGGGCCGCAAGUGUGACAUGCUUGUACUACACUAUAUUGGUGUCUAUUCUGUUUGUUUUACAUACCUUCUACAGUCACUUUACAAAGUCAUGAUGAAAGUUGAAUGAAAGAUGAGACAUCGGACAGACAAUAGAAAAUAAUGCUACCACUGUUUCUGGACCCUGUUUUUCAGGUGUACGUGGUUGGAGGAUAUGAUGGGCAGAAUAGACUGAGCAGUGUUGAAUGCUAUGAUUCAUUCUCUAAUCGGUGGACAGAUGCUGCUCCACUUAAGGAAGCUGUGAGUUCACCAGCAGUCACCAGCUGUGUUGGAAAACUCUUUGUGAUUGGUGGGGGACCCGAUGACAACACCUGCUCUGACAAGGUAUGGUCCACAUAUAACUGUAACAUUAAUAAACUAGACGCUUCCAUACUCUUCAGCUAUUCUGGUUGACUGAAUACGUUUGUUAUAGUGGAACAUCCAAAUUUUGGCCACUCAGAUAUUGCAGAUUUGGAGUCUCCAAAUAAAGCAUAUUAUAUUAAAGUUCAUACUAAUUAUGUUUUAGUGAUCCAUUUAAGAACAAAUCGUGAGGCUUUCUCUUGAUUAAUUUUCCGCAGAGAAGUGCUAGUCUGUUGGUAUAUGAAGAACAGGAUACCAUCAAAGAGCAUGCCAGAAACUUACAUAGUUAUGUGUGCUCUGUUCUAGGACCAAGUCUGUAACUAUUGUAACUAAGGGCUGAAAUGUGUUAUCUAACGUAUAUAUCUAAAAAUUCACCAACAUUUAGAUUUGUUUUUUAGGACUAUGUGACAAAAGCAACCUGCAGGGGGAGCUCUAGCAGAUUGGAAGUUGUACAAACUGGGCGGCCAGUAUUGACAAACCGUGCAGAUGUAGAUGCAUCCAAUCCUCCGUACAAUAAAAUUAUGUUUGAAUCUUAAUUUUAUGUACAAGAAUAAAAAACAUUCUUUUUUUUUUUUUUUUUACUUUUUAAAAUUCUUUUAUUUUUGUAGUGCAUAUGAUGUAACAACGUGCAUGGUGUACCCCAACGGCAUUCCUCAUGCUUUUCAUACAUUUAUAACAGUAAGGGGUAUGUUCUUGCGUGCACAAUUUUAUGUUAAAUAUACAGUUUAGUAAGCUUAUUCUCAAUGUAUUGUCUAUUAUAUAUAAUGCCACGACAAACAUUCAUAGACCAGAUAGAUGGGUAUAACACGAAUAUGACUGCUUAGGUAUGAACCAUACGUUAAGGUACAUGCUAGUUAAGUCACUGCUGUGGUUGCUUAUUUAGUUGCUGUUCGGUGAUAUUUCAUUUGUUAAACUUAAAAUAUUACUUGUCUAGUGGCAUUCUGAGGAGAUAGGAGUAGUUUUGUAGACUCCUGGGGUCGAGCUAACUGCUCUGAGGAUAUUUAGUUAAGCAGUUGCUGUGGUUUUGCGCUAGUGGGGAUGCCUUAGAGUCUGCCUCAGGAUUAACGUUUCACAAAAUGAUAAUUAAGAUAACGCUUAAUAACAAUGCAAACGAAAUGAUAAGGAAAAUAACGCCAUGGGGGCCAGUGGGUAUAGAGACUAUUAAAUACGGAUCAUAAGUAUGAACCACACAUGCUAUUGAAUAUUUGCACAUAACUUUACAGUCUCGUAGCUGGUCUGCUGUGGCGUGCUACUCGGGAUUUACCCCUCGCGGAUCAGUCUCAGGGACAGAGUCAGCCUAUGCCAGCAGGGGACACGACACCGUCUCUGAGUGCAGGGGCCCACUGCCUGACAUCGCCUAUGCUCCGGUAGGUUGGGGUUCCUGACUUGCGUGUCGCACUGUUCAGCUUUUUCGGUCGUGGUUGUGGUCCUGCUUGAGUGCGCUUGGGUGAUGUCUUCGGCGCCAUUUUGAGGCUCGGCACUGAUCUUCUUAGGUGCUUAGGUGGAGAGCUUUUGGGUAAGUAGGCUUCUUUGUGUGGUAGAGAGGGCUGGAGCAAAAGGCGUGUUAAUUUCUGCCAGAAGUCUGAGAAAUGUCCCUCUAUUUUGGAGAGGAUGUCGCUGUGUGCUUUGUCGGCAAUAGGGAUCCCAUGUGGACAGUGCUGUAUCUCGCUCGCGGGAUCUGCUCCCCACUGCAUCUUGAGGGUAAGUCGUUUUUUGGGUGUCUGUAGCCUGUGUUGUAAUGUGCACUCUGGCCUGCUGUGUCUCCGACCCGUCCUUCCGCUUCGGGCCUGCCACUGUUUUGGAGCCGCGGUCUUGCGUUGCGUCUGGAGGGGUAGGCAUCUUGUCUUGAUGUCGCAGUGAGUGCUUGUUGUUUGUGGUGGCGGGCAUCGGACUAUCUUGUGCCCGAAUGCCACCUUGCUUGCUGCAGGUUCGGAGUGAGGGCUUUCUUUCCCUCUGGCUUUGGUUCUUCUGGCAUCAGCCAUUUUGAUUGAUGCACCUGGGCCGCAUCGCAGGUUGAUAAUGUCGCUAGGCUCGGGUUUUGUCUCUGCGUUCUGAGCCCCAGGGUGUGGACCCGGAUCACCCCCAUCGGUCCAGAGGGAGGGGGGGGAACAGGGUCCGGUCCGCAGGGUUUCGCAGGCUUUCCGGUUGGCAGGAUAGUGGGGCAACGGAUACUCCUGUGCAUUGAGGAUUGUUGCUGGAGGUCGUGUUGAAGCGAAAAAAUCUUGGUUUUAAGGCUUUAGGUUUGGAAACUUGCAGGAGCUGAGUAUGCAUGCGACCAUCCAGCUCAGCGGUUCAGCCCCGCCCCCAAAAACAUUAUUUUAUAUAUCCUAUUUAUUAACUACCAAAUUUCAUACCGAAAAUAAAAAAUGUAUUCAAAUUAACUGUUUAGUUAUGCGUAGAGGCACUAGAACUUGGAUAGAGUGAAUCAAAUUUAUGUAGUUUCAUAGGUAUAACAAAGUAGCUUAAUGUGAGCAGAGGUAUUGGCUGAAAAGCACAGUCUAAACCACCACUUAAAAUGUUGCAUGCCAUUAGUGAUGAUGCACAGAAGUGUACUCUUUCUAUCCAUGUUCACAGUUCGUGUAUAGAGGUUUAUGUUCACAUUUAUAGGUUUUGGAUAACUGUUCUCAGAUUUAGAGUCAGAAUACUAUCCACAUCUGUUAGCAUGGCUGAAAAUGAUGCGGUUCCGCAGUAUCCGUGUAGUACAUUAGAAAAAAUAAAAAUAAAAACAAGCACUUAUAUAUCAAAUAGAAAUAAUAUAUCAAUAAAUGGGUUAUAACAAAAAUUAGGUGCUAAACAUUCGGGCAAAACCUUCCACUCAUGCAGAUAGAAUAUGUAAAAAACAGAAGAAUGUAGCGCUUAUAUUUUAGAACAAUAAAUUAUCACCUUAUGGUAGCAUUGAGGAGAUGGAAAAACUUGAACGAUCGAUGAAUCAAAUACCUGUAACACAAAUAAUCGAAUAUAGUGCAGACAGUAUUAUACUGAAUAAUAUAUUACACAUAAAUAGUAAAGCUCACUCACAAACAGGGAGCUAUAGACCUAGCUCCAGUUAAAAUGGCAUGUGGAUCCGUUUAGGCGAUCCUCCCCUAUUUUAAAAGAUUAAACAGGUCUUGUCCUGAGGGUAGAAUAGAAACGGAAAACGAUUGCGCAGUACCACUUAUAAAUGGUCAAAGUAAAAUAGAGUUCCCAAGUGGGUACUUACAAGGUUGGAGUCAAAACCUAUGACUCAAUUCACACGUAUUGUGCAGUUAGGGGCUGCACUCCCAUCCGUAACAGGUAAAUCCAGGGGUCCAAAUAAACGUAAAGAAAAACUCAAUUUAUUAAAACAAUGAAUAAAUAAGUAUAAAAUAAUAAGCAGCAAUAUGCUCUAUACCAGAACGCGUUUCGCCACUUCUGUGUGGCUUUCUCAACUGGAUAAAUAUGUAAAAACGUCCCCUGGUUCCUCAAACAUGUUUAAAUACCUCUUGGUUGGCGGGUAUUGGGAUUCGCACCUGUGCACCGCAACACGUUACUACCACCCACAGGUAGAACGUGUGCGGUCCGAGCCUCCCUCUCAUUUCACUUACGGGAAUGCUCCACCAAGUUACCUGCCUCUAAUAACAGUCUAUCCUAUUAAACUGCUAUUCUCACAAAUGUCCGAUACAUUCAUUCAAUGCGAUACUUUACUGAUACAGUUGCAAUAUUCUUUUCUUCUGUGUGCGAUCUCUCAUAGCAAAUAUCAAAGGGAAAGUUCAUUCUGCCGUUUUCUUCAUGAUGUGGAGGUGUAAUUCAAUUCCAUAUUGUCCAUGUAUAUACAUAAAUGAUUAUAGUCCAUGGGUCAUGUUAAAAAAGAAAGAAGAAGAGGAGAGGAAAAAAAACCUAUUAAAAAUGACACAACUCAAAAUCGAAAUUUAAACCAUAUGGAAUUAGUGUAUUCAGUUUUCCAUUUCGGAUUUUCCUAAUUCCUUAAUUGAGUCACCCCCUCUCCAAUUUUUAUUUAAUUUUUUAAUUCCCAUAAAUUUUAAACCCUCCGGCUUCUGGUCAUGAAAUUUUUUAAAGUGAUAUGAAACGCUAUGUUGCUCAAAUCCUGUUUGGAUUUUGUAUAUGUGUUCUCGAAUUCUUGUAUGUAGGGGCCUGGUGGUCCUACCCACAUAUUUAAGACCACACGGGCAUAUCAGAAGAUAAAUUAAAUUCUUUGUAUAGCAGGUCAUAAAUUGUUUUAUAGGGAUAGUAGUAUUCUCAUUUAGACCUAUAUCUUUAAUUACCCUUCUAGUACAUCCUGACUUUUUACAUGCUGCGCACUGGCCGCAUCCAUAGAAACCUUUUUCAUCUUUAAAUAAAAUUGAUGACUGAUUCUUUUCUUUUACAAAGCUCCUAACUAGUGUAUUUUUAAGGUUUCUUGCACCUCUAUAUAUAAUUCUCGGUUUCAUAGGUAGGAUUUGUUUUAAAACUGGAUCCUGAAGUAGAAUGGGCCAAUAUUUGUUCAUAAUUCUCCGUACUUGGUAAUUACUUGGAGAAUGCCCCUAAAGGACAAUUCCUCAGGAUUCGAAGAAAUUGUAGUGAUUUAACGUAUUAUGAGGAUCAGUCAACACGAAUUAAGACCGAUUUCUUAGCCAAGGGGUAUGAUGCUAGUAGAAUUGAAACCUCUAGAUUAGAAAUAAAAAAGAGAGAAAGAAAAGAGUUACUAUCAUAUAAAAAAAGAACAGAUGGUGAUAUACAGGAUAUCCCGUUCAUCUGCAACUAUAAUACAAGUAAUUACCAAGUACGGAGAAUUAUGAACAAAUAUUGGCCCAUUCUACUUCAGGAUCCAGUUUUAAAACAAAUCCUACCUAUGAAACCGAGAAUUAUAUAUAGAGGUGCAAGAAACCUUAAAAAUACACUAGUUAGGAGCUUUGUAAAAGAAAAGAAUCAGUCAUCAAUUUUAUUUAAAGAUGAAAAAGGUUUCUAUGGAUGCGGCCAGUGCGCAGCAUGUAAAAAGUCAGGAUGUACUAGAAGGGUAAUUAAAGAUAUAGGUCUAAAUGAGAAUACUACUAUCCCUAUAAAACAAUUUAUGACCUGCUAUACAAAGAAUUUAAUUUAUCUUCUGAUAUGCCCGUAUGGUCUUAAAUAUGUGGGUAGGACCACCAGGCCCCUACAUACAAGAAUUCGAGAACACAUAUACAAAAUCCAAACAGGAUUUGAGCAACAUAGCGUUUCAUAUCACUUUAAAAAAUUUCAUGACCAGAAGCCGGAGGGUUUAAAAUUUAUGGGAAUUAAAAAAUUUAAUAAAAAUUGGAGAGGGGGUGACUCAAUUAAGGAAUUAGGAAAAUCCGAAAUGGAAUGGAUUUACAAACUGAAUACACUAAUUCCAUAUGGUUUAAAUUCCGAUUUUGAGUUGUGUCAUUUUUUAUAGGUUUUUUUUUUUCCUCUCCUCUUCUUCUUUCUUUUUUAACAUGACCCAUGGACUAUAAUCAUUUAUGUAUAUACAUGGACAAUAUGGAAUUGAAUUACACCUCCACAUCAUGAAGAAAACGGCAGAAUGAACUUUCCCUUUGAUAUUUGCUGUGAGAGAUUGCACACAGAAGAAAAGAAUAUUGCAACUGUAUCAGUAAAGUAUCGCAUUGAAUGAAUGUAUCGGACAUUUGUGAGAAUAGCAGUUUAAUAGGAUAGACUGUUAUUAGAGGCAGGUAACUUGGUGGAGCACUCCCGUAAGUGAAAUGAGAGGGAGGCUUGGACCGCACACGUUCUACCUGUGGGUGGUAGUAACGUGUUGCGGUGCACAGGUGCGAAUCCCAAUACCCGCCAACCAAGAGGUAUUUAAACAUGUUUGAGGAACCAGGGGGACUUUUUUACAUAUUUAUCCAGUUGAGAAAGCCACACAGAAGUGGUGAAACGCGUUCUGGUAUAGAGCAUAUUGCUGCUUAUUAUUUUAUACUUAUUUAUUCAUUGUUUUAAUAAAUUGAGUUUUUCUUUACGUUUAUUUGGACCCCUGGAUUUACCUGUUACGGAUGGGAGUGCAGUCCCUAACUGCACAAUACGUGUGAAUUGAGUCAUAGGUUUUGACUCCAACCUUGUAAGUACCCACUUGGGAACUCUAUUUUACUUUGACCAUUUAUAAGUGGUACUGCGCAAUCGUUUUCCGUUUCUAUUCUACCCUCAGGACAAGACCUGUUUCAUCUUUUAAAAUAGGGGAGGAUCGCCUAAACGGAUCCACAUGCGAUUUUAACUGGAGCUAGGUCUAUAGCUCCCUGUUUGUGAGUGAGCUUUACUAUUUAUGUGUAAUAUAUUAUUCAGUAUAAUACUGUCUGCACUAUAUUCGAUUAUUUGUGUUAUAGGUAUUUGAUUCAUCGAUCGUUCAAGUUUUUCCAUCUCCUCAAUGCUACCAUAAGGUCAUAAUUUAUUGUUCUAAAAUAUAAGCGCUACAUUCUUCAGUGUAGUACAUGUUGGGUUAGGAGCUAGGCCACUGUACCUCUGACCACUGAGGAACCAGGGUUUACAUGCAUGUGCAUGGUUCUCUUCUGUACCCAGCAACAAUGUGCACCAUUGCUACAACAAGAUUGCAGGCUGUUGAAUGCCUUGUCUUUAUAGCUUUGCUAUAAUCUCACUUAGCAUUUUUAAUUCACCAUUACCAGGACAUUACUUUUAAUUAAUUCAUGAUUAGUGAUUUCGGAGUAGUGAUAUCUGUGACGAAGUGCCUUUCGCCACUUGGUCCUGGAGAGGCUUGCUUGCCAGCCUCCUCCCUUGCAACUAUGGCCCCUGGGAGAUUGUACCCUUUUAAACCAGCAUUUGGGCUUAUGGACUUUUAUUGGACUGUGUAUGGUUCUUUAAGAACCGUCUGUGGGCACAUUGUGACUUUGGUCAGCAAUGCCCCUUUAAGACUUUGGCCCCUGGAAGAUUUUGCCUGUUAAAGACUAUUUUAGCAGAUUGGAUUUUAAAAAACUCUUGCUGCCCCUUUAAAUUGUAUUGGAGCAGUUCUACAGCUUUAAAUUGGCACUUCGGAAGUGGCCGCCAUUCGACAAACGAACACGUGGCGCCGGCCACGUUUGUUCAUUCGAACGAGGUCAGUGGUAUGUGUAGCCAAAUCCAUGGAACUGAAAUCGGCUACACAUUUAAACAAACGCCGCUGACCCUUACCUUUUCCUGCACUGAGUUUUCAGCCACAGAGAAACGACCGUUCGAAUGGGACUUUUUUCAGUAUGGUCACAAUGGACUUCCGUCUAACUUUUUAUUUACUGGAAGGAUGUUUAUGAUUUUUGAGUAUGUUUAUAGUUAAAGGAUGCUGAUUAAUAAUAUGUGUGUUCAUUUUUUAUGAAGAUUGGAUGUGUGGUUUUAAAGUUACAGUGUAUGUGUAAAAACUGUAUAUUUUCUGCCUGUGAUAAUUAAGUUAGUCUAUUGUGUUGAGAUAAUUGUAUCACAGGCAGAGGGGAGGAUUUCUGCUGGGAUGAAUGGGGGUGGUUUACUUUAUUGUACGUGUUGUAAUGUUUUUAUUGAUUGUUCUGGAAAACCCUGUGGGUGGUCCUAUGUAGGGAAAACCUGCAUAAAAGAAAGCCAUUUGGUGCUAAUUAAAACAGAUCUUCUUGACCCUCAACACGUAUUCUUGUCUCGUGAUUAGAGGGGACAGCUAUACUCACACUGGGGAUUGCUAUGCUCUGCACACUCCCCUGAGCUCUAAUCACUUAGCUCUUUUAAGAGCUUGUUCCUGAUACGCUCUCUUGGAGGAGUGGUCUUCCCCACACGGUCCUGGAAGACAGAAGCUGAUCCAGGGUGGACAGAAGAUGGCUGGACUCCAGUUAAGCUAUGGCGGUUGUGGAGUCUGCGGUGGUUGAGGUGUCCGGUGCGAUGCUUGUGGUCCUCGGCGCAGGCUAGGAAGCAUCCAUCAACGGAAGGUACUCGGUCGGAGUAUGGGGAGUUCCGUUACAAUAUCACAUACCCCCACUGCUUGUCAUUGGUCCUCCCAGCACUUGUUACCUUCUGUGUGACAUGACCCUGUCAGUAAAAAGAUGUAUUAAAUCAUCAAGUCUUGAUAAAGUUGUAAUGAAAUCGUAGAUUGUGGCUGUCAAGUUUGAUGUUUGAAUCUUGUGAGGCACGUCAUUCCUGGUAUGGUCACACUGUUUUGUUAUGUGCUGGGAAUACAUGAAUUUUAUCUUCAUGGCUGUUCCUGAGAAUGUAAUGUUAAAUUAUUUCUGCCUCCCUUGUGGUCCACCUGAUGGUGAUAGGCGCCACAAGAAGUAUUGAUAGUCAAAUGUUUUAUAUAUCUGUCGCUGCUUUUUUGGAGACCGAGCAUCGCAUUGAAAUAGGUUUAAGAUAAUGCAAUGGGGAGGGAGAGAUCAAGGGGAGAUUAGGAAAGUGUAAUUUUGAAGAUACAGGAGAUGAACGAAGAAAGAGAGGCUAAAAGUGAAUGUAAAUAGUAGAAUAGGACACAGUGGAAAAUAAGGAUGCAAUGGAAAGUGAAUGGGAGUGAGUAUAAAUGGGACAGGGAAUGAGUACAGAAGUCGGUGAUGGAAAAAUGAGGGAACUAACGAUGAAUGCAACGGAAAAAUAGAAUAUCAUGGAAGGAUAUAUAUGAAAAAAAAAUGAUGAAAAUGGGGAAGAUAGAAUGAUGAGAGAAGAUGGGAGAUGAAUGAGGAGAACAUAAUCAGAUGUAAUGAGGAGAGGGGAAACUUAAGGAAAGGGUCCAGUUGAAAGAGGAAGAGGAAGAUAUAAGGCAUAUGGAACAAGGAAUGAUGGGGUAGGUAAAAGACAGAGAGUAGAAGUGGGGGGAUGUCCACCAAGCAUCUUGUCUGAACAGAAUUCAGAUCUUUUUAUCAGUGCAGCUGUCGCACAGCAGAAGAUUAGAGAUACAUUAGAUGGUGUUCUAGUGUGAAGGUGCCAAACAAGCUCAUGUCCUUUGCUUCAUCUCCUUGCUGUACAGUUGAGCGAAUGAAUAACCUAUAUUUCUCAUGUCUGGUACAACUGGUGGAGAUAGCAGGAGAAGACCUUCUAAUUCUAGUUCGAAAGUGUUACCUUCGUUUAUUUGUUUGUGGCCAAGUCACAGUUCUGUUCCUUAGACCAAUCAUUUAUUCUCUGGAUGUUUGUAACCUCUGAAGAAUUAUUGGGAUCUUGUCUGUGUGAAGUAUUCCUACAUACAUUAAUUCGUUGAAAUUUUUUGUUUCUAUACUCAGGUUCAGUGCUAUGAUCCAGACACUAACACAUGGUUACUAAGAGCCUCUAUUCCUAUAGCAAAGAGGUGCAUUACGGCAGUGUCCUUAAAUAACCGCAUAUAUGUCGCUGGAGGGCUCACAAAAGCAAUUUAUUGCUAUGACCCAAUGGAGGAUUUCUGGAUUCAUGUGCAGAACAUGUUUAGCAGACAGGUAAUUGCAUAAUUAGUUCAAUAUUUCACAAAAGAAUGAAGGGUGUGCCAAGAAAUAAGAUGCAGUUGUUUUUAAUUUAUUUUUCAAGACAAAGCAAUUCUUUUUUUAAUGCGUGUGUAUUCAUGUAUAUCAUCAUAAAUUUACUUAUAUUUUCUGCCCUUCUGCUCUUUCCUGUCUUUCUCAUCCUUGCCAUACUAGGAGAUGGCGAUUAGUCCACUCCAGUUGCAUUUCUUCUCCAGAAUCUACACCAAACCCAUUUCUCCUAUAUCUCCUAUAACAGACUACCGCCCCUUCCCUGCCCUUAUCCCUGUCUCAACACCUCUACCAAAGCUUAUAUCUAUCACUUCCCUACUAACCACUAACUCAGCCUAUGUUUUUAUCCCUUAUCUCAUCAUCCCCCUUUCAACCUUAUCUGAAGCUGACCCCCCCAUUGCAUAGCUUCCAAUUUGUUAUAGACAAAAAGUUAUAUUUUUGUUGUUUGAAAUGUGACCACGUUUUCAAAGUACUUUAGUGGCGUAUUCCUAAGGUGUACAACACAGAAAGAUUUGAGAUCGUGAAGCACGUAGUGGAGGUGCAAGGGAUACGUACCAGUAAAGAAGAAAAGGGUUUAAGUUUCUAGUGCUAAGGGACAUCAAGGGCCCUCACUGAGUUGGUAGAAUAAGUCAAGGGAGAACUCAGGGAGAAGUUAUCUCAAGUGCCACCAAAGUGUUGCCAAAUUGAAGGAAGAAUAUUCGAAUGACAAAUAGGAGCUAGGGAACAUGUUCUGAGUGGUAACCAAAUCAUCUGAGUGCACCAUUCUCCAACACAGCUGUGACUCACUCCAAUAUUGGUUUCAUUUUCAAUCAGAUCCUAUAGCACAGUGUGUUUUACUUUAGAAGUUCUAAUCUCCUGCUCUGCUAAUUGAACUUUAAUCACACACACAAGGCUGUUGCAUGCUCUAGUAAGCAAUUAACAGAGCAGGAGAUAAGUAAAUCACAAUUAAACAAAGAGAAACUGAGAGAAAGAGAAGCUAAUAAAAUUUAGACUCUUUUUUUCAGGAAGUGUUUGAGUCACAACAAGGGGAGGUGUGGCUACGGCUGCAUAAAUAGAGUGAUUUAACUCCUAAAUUGCAAAGAAUUGAGCAGUGAGACAUUUACAUAAAAGCAUUUCAUUAAGCUAAAGUUGUUUUGCUGCUUAGAGUGCCCUUUUAAGACAGUACCAAGCAAAGGAAGUGAUGAGAGCCUUCGGAUCUCUAAAGACCAUUAUAAGGACAGACAUGGGAGCACAUGAAAAACCUGUAAAGGUUUAUGUAGUGUGUUUAUCUUUAGAAUGCUGACCUGUUAUUUGUAAAAUAUUAGCAGUUCAGAUCAGACUGUAUUUUUUUUUUUUUUAACUAAGGUUAGGUAGUUGCUUUAACAAUAGGCUUAGGAGUUUCUAAAGAGCUACACACCCAUAUGCUUGAGGGAGAGGGUGUCUCAAAUGAAAGGGAUCCUGCUUUUUAAUUUGAUCUCUCUACUGUGGCUAACAAAGAGUUUAAAUAGUUCAAACUUCACAAGGUUUAAUAUGAAUAUUGUAAAUCGCUGCAGAAUAAGUUGGCGCUGUAUAAAUGCCAAUAAUAAGUCCGUUGGGAAUCCACAGAGAUCUAAUUUUAUCAGGAGGAAAGGCUGGAUUAGUUAAUGCAAACUCCAAAUCAUUGCAAAUGGCAUUGUUUUAGACCACUAGAGCAACAAAAUUAACUCAAAAACAGCAGAUGCCUGGGAAACGGGAACAGAACAAAUUACUUUCCACGUUUAAAGAGAGGCACGUGGGAUUUAUACCCGAUAUCCCUAUCUCUAUGCCACUUUCUUAUUUUUGCCCUUUGUCACAUUCACUUUAAUCUAUCCCAUAUCGUUUCCCCCUUUCAUUUCCCAUGUUCCCCUUCCAUCUUCUCUCUUCCUCUAAUCUCCCAAGAUUUUCAGAGAGGUUUAUAAUCUUGUCAUUUCCUCAUAGUUCCUAUAUUCUUACUUGGCAUAUCUUCCCGUUAUCUCUCCUCAUGCUAGAGCAACUCAUUUUCUAGCCCUGAAUGUAAAGAUCUUGAUUACAAUAUAAGGGUCACAUUUUAUAAAGUUUAUUAUGGACCUGGGUGUAUUAGUCCCGUUUAUAUACAUAUGUGUUCAGAAUUGGUAAUAAACCCAGUAUCAGAGCGGUUGCUGUCUGCUCACUGCCCAUAUUGUUUCACAAACAUCAGCAACUUUGUACAUUGAAUACUCCCCCUCAAACUGUAUAACAUAUUUGUAUAAAUCACAAUCCAUGUAUUCACUUCUAGAAACAAUGCAGAAGCUAAAUUAGCAUUUAAUUUCCAAACAUUCUGUAAGACUCUAUUUGGAAGCUUUGUUUGUCAUUUCAUCACUGUGCUGUUCUCGCAUAAUUUGAUCAGUUCCCUAAUAAGAAGAAUUAUUUUAAAAUGUACUGGUCAGGUUACGUACAUGUUUAAAGAAUAUAAUAGGAGGGGCGGAGCUAGCAACGGAGCUGCACAGAUGCCAUCUUAGACCGCUCCGGCCGAUCGCCCACAAUCUCACCCAUAUCUGCGUCCACUUACACAAUCGGACAUUAAAAGAUCCUCCAAAAGAUGCAUGAGCUAUACCCGGACCGAUUGAUGCCCUUCUUUCUCCCUAAAAAUGUGCCAAAGCGGAGACGCAGGCCUGGGUCCUACACCACACAAGAGAUCCCGGACUUGGGGACCGUCCUCGGUGGAGUUUAUCAGCACUGGGAGCCUACAUACCUGGCCCGACCACAGCCAGAACCUGAACCAGUGGCCUAGAUGCCUGCCAUGGGACGGGGCUCCCAAAAGCCGAACCCUCCGUCCGACCAUUAAGACAUCGGAGCCAUAUUAUAGUAACAAGCGCAGCCCAGGAUGGCACCCGCGGAGAAAAUCCCCACUGCAUCACCGGCCACAUUACCCGAGCAAUGUGACUCACAAGAGUGGGCUGAAACACUCACCACGCCACCGGGACCAUGGAGGAUUCCAGUCCCACGACUAAGCAUGAUCUGAAGGUCCUACUACAUGACUUCCACAAGUUAUUUGCAGCAGAACUAAGGUCAGAUAUGCAAAACACCACUGACAGAUUGUGAGCUACUGAAGAGGACAUUAUAGACAUCAAUGCUGGCCUCUCAAAUGUACAAACUACAACAGCUUACCAAGUCACACCAAAUGUUCUCCCUACAGCUGACCUCCCUACAGACGCAACAACGUAAAAAUCCAUGGCAUACCGGCCACUGUCUUACCCGACGAAUUGCCUCAUUAUGUGAGACGACUGUUGGCGAGUAUCUUGCCCUCGGCCGCGGCAAAGAAAAUUGCUACGGACGGAGUGUACAGAAUCACUGGCCCUAUCAGUUCCUCACUUAUUACGGACUGUGAUGUCAUACUGCGCUGCACCACAUCCCAAGAUAAGGGACGUAUCAUGGCAGCCCUAAGGGGCAAAACACCGCUAUCAUUUGAAGAAUCACACUUGACCUUUUACCAGGACCUGACGAGAUCAACCCUGCAAUUGCGCAGGACACUCGCACUGUAUACACAACAACUAAGAGCGGCCGGCGUGAAGUACCGAUGGGGAGCACCGGAAUCCCUCUUAGUGACCCGUCACGGAACAACCCACACCCUCACCCCUCUGGCCAAGGCACCAUCACUCCUCACAUCCCUGGGACUGGCUAUUACUACGUCCGCUCCAACGAUGACCACUCCGGUCGGGGCCUGGAACCCCACUACCGUCACACCAUUCAUCCCAAGAGCUGGAGCUGAAGAUCGCCCUGCCACCUGACUACACCUGGAUGCCGUGCUAGCUCUACUGAUCCUAACCGAGAGAAGCCGGGAACAUACCGCUGCAGUCAUUGCUCAAGUUUGUUAUUUAUUUUUAUCAAUGCCUUGUUUCUAACUAUGUUUAAACUUUCUGACUCCCCACAAACUUUAAUAGUGGCCCAUUAUAUAAGCCCUUCUACCUAAAAAGUAAUGCUCUCAGACAAGACACCUCCCCCCCCCUCUCCGCUAGGGGUACCUAACGAUGCAAAGUGCUUAAGCAAACCUAAACACAUAGCACCAUCCGCAUUACCACCUCCAAGAAUAACUUAUCAAGGUAAACAGUUCUCUCUGAACACUUUGCACCAAUUCUCCUCAGUGAUUUAAUUACAACCCGUAAACUCUCUGGUACACAUCCAACCUGUAUAACUGGCACACCCCCCAAUAGUGAGUUUAGUUUUCCUGUCUUCACUCCUUCCUACUAACACUGAGAUUUACCUCUUGAAUUUAUACCAAUCCUUUUGUAAUACCCCACAACGCAUCAAUCUCUACGAAUGCCUCAUAGCUCACACACACCCUCCUCUUGAUAUACGUUGUUUAAACAUAUCUAUUGUAAAAAAAAAAAAAAAAAGUGUACUAUUUCUCCAUGUCACAUCAAUGUCUAAGUUGCAAAACUGCAUUUCCUUCCUACUAACACUGAGAUUUACCUCUUGAAUUUAUACCAAUUCCUUUUGUAAUACCCCACAACGCAUCAAUCUCUACGAAUGCCUCAUAAGCUCACACACACCCUCCUCUUGAUAUACGUUGUUUAAACAUAUCUAUUGUUAAAAAAAAAAAAAAAAAGUGUACUAUUUCUCCAUGUCACAUCAAUGUCUAAGUUGCAAAACUGCAUUUCGCUGUUGUGGCAUUGUCGGUAUAAUUGUAUUAAUUCUCUGGCACAGAACAAUAAAGAAUUUAAAGAAUAUCAUACAAUUCCAUGUAGAAAUAGUGUUAGCAGAAUUCUUGGCAAAUGUAUAGAUUAUAAAAAAAACAAAACAGAAAAAAAAAUCUAUUUAAAAUAUACGGUCUCUUGCCUCACCUGUCAGCAUUCCAGCGUUAUUCAGGGUGACCAGAUCCACCAUGUUUUCAGGGACACAUAUAACUUUGUCAUAUUUAUGAAAACACAUUAAAAGAGUUGCCCUGCAGUAUGUAUAAUGCAUAUUCUGCAGGAUUCUUCAUUGCCUAAUUGCUUAAUUAAUUAAUUUUAUUUAUAAAACAUUUUACAAGGAAGGAUACAUCGAGAUUUCUCUCGUUUUCAAGUAUGUCCUGGGUCCACAAAACAUUGCAUUGAUACAAUAUGGUACAAUAAAAUACAAAAACAAUAUUAAUACACAAUAUAAUAUAUACAAAAUAUAACAUAGAACAGGUAGGAAAUAUAUAAUCAACCAUGACACGUGCAUUCUGUUUUGAGGUAUGUAGAGAGGGAUCUCGUAAAGGAUUUUAGGCCUGGGGAAGAUUUGAAGGUGUGUGGGAGGUCGUUCCACAAUUGUGGCGAUUUGUAGGAGAAGGAGGAUCGGGCUGCUUUCUUUUUGUAUUGAGGUAGACUAAGUAAAGUGCUGGUACUGGAUCAGAGGUUAUAAGAGGUGGGAACAGCCAAGGAGAGCAUUUUGCUCAGGUAGGGUGGGAGUUUCCAAGAAAAGCUCUAAAACACAAGGCUGGAAAGAUGAAGGGUACGUCUGGAUACCAGCGACAACCAGUUUAGUUCUUUUAACAUGUCACAAUGGUGAGUCCUGUAAUUACAUUGUAGCACAAAUCGGCAGAACGAGUUAUACAAUGUGUUGAGUUUAUUAAUGUGGGAUUGCGGUGCAGGUGCAUAUACUACAUCCCCAUAAUCAAUGAUUGGCAUCAGCAUUUGCUGUACAAUCUUUUCCUUUACUGUAGGGCUUAGGCAGGAUUUGUUUCUGUACAGGUUUUGGAUAAAGUUUAGAUGCAAGUUUUUCUAUGUGAUUAUUAAGGUGUUUCUUAAUGACACUAAUAGGUACAGGUCAAAAAUUGAACUGCUCUGUAUUGGGUCUUUGCAAAUUUAGUGGGGGCCUAAUCCACAUUUGUAGUUUCAGGAUGCGUGUAAUUUAUUAGCUUGGCAAUUAUGGUGGUGGAGCAUCCGACAAAAUAAUUGUUUAAAGGCAUUCUCUACAUACUAAAGGGCUACCCUUUUCACGUGCUGCACAUCAGUAUGUAAAUGUGUUCAUGAAAACAUGGCUGGUCACUCUGGUGUUAUUGGGGAGAAUACAGGACCUAUUGUGCUGGAGGGGGUUUGUGUUUACAGCUACAAACCAUAGAUCAUUGAAUCCCUUUAUGCAUAAAUACAUGAUUUACCACUCUUUAUGUAUCCAUUGCAUAAAGAGAUGUUUUUGGCUUAAAAUUAACUUGUCGUGACAGGUUUAUGUUACACCAGAAAUGUAGGCAUUUGUUUUUAUCCAAUAAUAGCAAUAUGCUGUAUGAUAGCCAUCUAAAAUAGAACAUAUGUCCAUGCUCCCAGGCAUUUGAGCAGCUUGGCAAAAACCACAUGCGGCAGAACAUAAUUCAAUUCAUUAGUGUUAUCGUUUGCAAUCUGCUUACAUGUAUCUAUUUACAAAAUCUUCCAGAAACAUGCUUUAAUCUUUUCAAACAACCAAAGAUGAAUGAAAAAUUCAAAUAAUAAAGUCUUAAAGGGACAACCUAAGCACUAAUGUAACUUUAGCUUAAUGAAGUAGUUUUGGCGUAUAGAUCACGCCCCUAAAGUCUCACAGCUCAAUUAUUUGCAAUUUAGGAGUUAAAUCACUACUGUUUCUGUUUAUGCAGCCCAAGCCACGCCUCCCCUGGCUGUGUCUCACACAGCCUCCCUACACACUUCUCGAAAAAGAGUCUACAUUUUGCAGCUUCUCUUGUUGCACAGUAUGUUUUAAUUUAGAAUUUAUCGCCUGCAAUGUUGAUAGCCUGCUAGUGCCUGUAGCAGCCUCAUAAUAUAUGAUGUAUGGUUAAAGUAUAUGCAGUCUGUGUCUGUCAUAGUUAGGGGAGGCGUGACUAGGGCUACAUAAACAGAAACAAAAGUGAUUUAACUCCUAAAUGGCAGAGAAUGGAGCAGUGAGAUUGCAGUGACAAGAUCUAUACACCAAAAACUACUUCAUUAAAUUUAAGUUUUUGUGGUGCUUAGUGUUCCUUCAAGAUUACCACUAUGCAAAGCAAUAAUUAGUCUUGUCUUGUGCUGAAACAUAUCAUUACCUUUUUGCCUUUUCAUAAUCUUCCUGUCUGUGAAAGAGUUUAUGUCCAUUUAGUAGAAUUCCAGAAGGGAAGAUAUCUGUAUAGACGUUUGCACCAUGUUGCAGUGGUUGAAAAUGUCCUUUUCUGUGUUCCAGGAAAACUGUGGCAUGUCUGUAUGUAACGGGAAAAUCUUCAUACUUGGUGGAAGAGGCGAAAAUGGAGAGGCAACUGAUACUAUUCUAUGUUAUGAUCCAGCAACCAGUAUCCUCACUGGAGUAGCUGCUAUGCCCAGACCCGUGUCUUAUCACGGCUGCGUUACAAUUCACAGAUACAAUGAAAAAACCUUCAAAAUGUGAACUGUCAAUCACAUUGAACAAAGAAAAGGGAGGAGCUAGUGUACAUUAAACAGACGUGGAAUAAUCCUUCAUCUUCCAAGGGAGACAAAUCGAUCAAUUCAUCUAGCUCAAACAUAGUAUAACACUAAAUUUUUCAUUUCUUUUCUAACUUUUCAUUUUCUGGAUAUAUAAAAAUAUCUGCUUGCUUGGCCAGUGGGCGGUUUGGCUCCUAGGGAAGAAUACAAAGACUUGUUUAAUAUUUGUAAAAUUAUUUUCUUAAAACUUCUUUUAUAUAAGUAUUUUUUAAUUGUAAUUUCUGGUUUCGUGUUUGUAUUUUAAGUGCGAUAGGUGGAUACUUUAAACAUAGUUUCUACAACCAAUGCCUUUUAAUGUGCCUGAUUGAUGAGCAGUAAUUCCUUGAAAAGCAAUUAUUAAUUGUUGAACGUAUAAUUUUUAGAACCCAAAAACUCCUUCUGUACGUCAUUCGUUUAUUUUGGGUUGCUGUAUUCUGGUUUUGUUAACCACUUUAAUUGCUUGCUUUACCUUUAGAUAGUGUAAAAAGUUACUUCACGAACAAGGCCUUGUCAUGCUUUAUCUGCUAAUGUAACGUUCAUUUAUGAGACAUUCCUUCUGUGACCCAAAGACAGGACUGCUUGAAAUAAACGUCAUUUAUAAUAACCUGCUGAUCCAUGAUAUAUAUAUAUAUAUAUAUAUAUAUAUAUCACACACACACAUAUACACUGCUCAAAAAAAUAAAGGGAACACUUAACACAAUGUAACUCCAAGUCAAUCACACUUCUGUGAAAUCAAAAUGUCCACUUAGGAAGCAACACUGAGUGACAAUCAAUUUCACAUGCUGUUGUGCAAAUGGGAUAGACAACAGGUGGAAAUUAUAGGCAAUUAGCAAGACACCCCAAUAAAGGAGUGGUUCUGCAGGUGGUGACCACAGACCACUUCUCAGUUCCUAUGCUUCCUGGCUGAUGUUUUGGUCACUUUUGAAUGCUGGCGGUGCUUUCACUCUAGUGGUAGCAUGAGACGGAAUCUACAACCCACACAAGUGGCUCAGGUAGUGCAGCUCAUCCAGGAUGGCACAUCAAUGCGAGCUGUGGCAAGAAGGUUUGCUGUGUCUCUCAGCGUAGUGUCCAGAGCAUGGAGACGAUACCAGGAGACAGGCCAGGACAUCAGGAGACGUGGAGAAGGCUUUAAGAGGGCAACAAUCCAGCAGCAGGACUGCUACCUCCGCCUUUGUGCAAGGAGGAACAGGAGGAGCACUGCCAGAGCCCUAGAAAAUGACCUCCAGCAGGCCACAAAUGUGCAUAUGUCUGCUCAAACGGUCAGAAACAGACGAUGUCCACAGGUGGGGGUUGUGUUUACAGCCCAGCACCGUGCAUGACGUUUGGCAUUUGCCAGAGAACACCAAGAUUGGCAAAUUCGCCACUGGCGUCCUGUGCUCUUCACAGAUGAAAGCAGGUUCACACUGUGACAGACGUGACAGAGUCUGGAGACGCCGUGGAGAACGUUCUGCUGCCUGCAACAUCCUCCAGCAUGACCAGUUUGGCAGUGUGUCAGUAAUGGUGUGGGGUGGCAUUUCUUUGGGGGGCCGCACAUCCCUCCAUGUGCUCGACCAGAGGUAGCCUGACUGGCAUUAGGUACCGAGAUGAGAUCCUCAGACCCCUUGUGAGACCAUAUGCUGGUGCGGUUGGCCCUGGGUUCCUCCGGACUGGCCCGCCCGUUCCCCAGACCUGAAUCCAGUUGAGCACAUCUGUGACAUCAUGUCUCGCUCCAUCCACCAACGUCACGUUGCACCACAGACUGUCCAGGGGUUGGCAGAUGCUUUAGUCCAGGUCUGGGAAGAGAUCCCUCAGGAGACCAUCUGCCACCUCAUCAGGAGCAUGCACAGGCAUUGUAGAGAGGUCAUACAGGCACGUGGAGGCCACACACACUACUGAGCCUCAUUUUGACUUGUUUUAAGGACAUUACAUCAAAGUUGGAUCAGCCUCUACUGUGUUUUUCCACUUUAAUUUUGAGUGUGACUCCAAAUCCAGACCUCCAUGGGUUGAAAAAUUUGAUUUCCAUUUUUAAAUUUUUGUGUGAUUUUGUUGUCAGCCCAUUCAACUAUGUAAAAAACAAAGUAUUUGUUUAAUUCAUUCAGAUCGAGGAUGUUAUUUUUGUGUUCCCUUUAUUUUUUUUGAGCAGUGUGUGUGUGUGUAUGUAUAUAUAUAUAUAUAUCACCUUAUUUCCAGGGCCGCGCGGGUCUGCAGGUGCUGGCUCCGCCCCCUUUGUGACAUCAUCAAAAUGGCCAAUUUUUAGCCAAUCCAAUGCUUUCCUACAUUAAGCUGUAGUUGUUCUGGUGACUAUAGUGUCCCUUUAAGGAAACACUAUAUCGAUAAGAAUACAGAACUGUAAUCCUCUGAAACUGUAGUGUUUUACAUUCCAGGGUUAAGAGGACAGGGACACUGCACUCAGACCACGUCAAUGAGAUAAAGUGGUCUGGGUGCCCAUAGUUCCCCUUUCACUAUUUUUAGAUGCUCUGUUUUAUUUUAAAUUAAUAAAUAAGAUUUAGCAAAUUAAAUCAUAAUCCAUUCCAGGCAAAUAAGAGGAGAAAUAUAUUGAAACAUUCUACAAGCCAACUAUGCUUCCAGAGCAGCUACUCUGGCCGUUAAUUUGAAAUUCACUUUGAUUUUCAGACACUUCUCACUGUAGUACAUAACCCUUGCUGUCUCAUUUCUCCUCUUCUCUCUUUGCUUUACGUCUGCAGGCUGCCAAGUGCAAAGGACAGAGCUUAUAACAAUGACUGACCGGGCGCUAAGAUAGGGGCACCCAUUUACAGGAUCAAGAGUUGUGGAUUUUAACAUUUAAUUUUAUUUAUUACACCUGACAAACAUAUAUUUGUUAAAUUCAGGGGGUAAUGAAACAUAAUUACUAAUCCAGGGAAGUAACAGUUCCCCUUGAAAAGGUUAAAUUAACUAGUAAAAAUAUAAUGGAGGCCCAUAAAGGCAUUUUUUUUUAACUGUAAGUAUUUGAAUAUGCUAUUAUUAUUUGAACUCUUAAUGAUAAACUUGUUUUUUUUUUUCAUAAUUGCACAAUAUAAAGAACUCACUGGGGAUGCCUUGUGAUUUUUUUUAUUUUUUUUUAGAGCGUCUGGUUAUUUAUUUCUCAAUUACUAUCUAUGAAAUCCAUAUAUUUUCAUUCUUUAUAAGUAAAUACCAGAGUAAUAUUGUGUGCCUUUCAUUGAAAGCAUAUUAUAGGACUAUCAAGACUAUUUUUAUUAUUAUUAAAGGUGCAAUGUGUUUUCCCCAAUAGGAAUCAAUUAAGCAAUGUUAUGUGUCUUGUUUAAGUUUGCACAGUUAUGUUUUGUAUUUUUUUUGCAUGUUAUAUGGGCUUUUGGACUUUUAUGUGCUGUGAUACUUUAAUUAUUGUUGGAUUAUUGAAUUUGCAAAAAUUGUUGUUGAGGUACAACUCCCAUCACUCUUUGGCAGCCAUGAACAAUCUUCCCAGCAGUAAAGUGUAAGCUUUACUUUGCAACUCUCUGUCAUGACCAUUUACUGUACAUGCAAGAGCAAAAACGAGUUUGUUGCAUACUAUGUGAGCACUGUACAAAUAAAAAUGUUGCUGUGAAUCACAAGUGUAGCUGUCUUUAGCCAAUUCCUCAAUUUUCUUUAGCAAUGGGAACAAUUCUAUACAGCUUACAUUUUGCCAUAAAGAAUAUGUCUACAAUUCCUUUUAUAUGUAUGCUUUAUUGUGGUAUAACUAUGGGUUUUUAAUAGGAUUUGUUGUAAUGCACGUUUCUCCAAACUAGAGUACUGAUAUGACAUAAUGGGCUUCAAUCACAAAACUGCCUAUGUAGAACCAUACUUGCAAAACAUGGCAAAUACGAGGCCAGGAUUGGAGGGCUUGGAGGAAAGUCAGUGAUACAAUUCAUUCAACAAAACAGGAAAGCAGCACAAGGGCUCACAUCCAUGACAGUCCCACUGGUUUUAGGACUGUUGGCAAGUAUAUACAAGUACAGGUAGUUCCCGACUUGACGAACUAAUUGGUUCCAAAUCCUAGUUCAUAAAGUGAGAACUAAUUUCCCUUAGACCGCAAUGUAAUAAACAUGGGUUCUGUUCCUGACCAAAAAAUAAAUUGUUUCUGGUUUGUUUUGAUAUGCUCUAUAUGUCUCAAUCACACCCAUACCCCUCCAUUCCCCCCUUCCAGUGAUUCAUUAGCCCCUCCAUAUGUCUCAAUACCCCCUCCCAGACCCCUCCAGGUGUCUCACUCCUUCUCCCAGUGUCUCAUUAUCAUCUCCCAGCCCCUCCAGGUGUCUACCUCCCCCUCCCAUUGUCUCAUUACCCCCUCAAAGUGUCUCCUCCCCCCCAAGCUCCUCCAUGUGUCUCAUUCCCCUCUCCCAGUCCCUCGAUGUGUCCCAUUUCCACCACCCAGCCUAAUCCAUGUGUCUCAUUUUCCCCCUCCCCGUCCAUGUGUCUCUCCUCUCUCCUGUACCCGUCCAUGUGUCUCUCCUCCCUCCUGUACCCGUCCAUGUGUCUCUCCUCCCUCCUGUACCCGUCCAUGUGUCUCUCCUACCUCCUGUACCCGUCCAUGUGUCUCUCCCCCCCCUCCCUUCCUGUACCUGCCCAUGUGUCUCUCCAUUCUCCCCUCUCGUACCUGUCCAUGUGCAUCUCCCCUUCUUUCAGGUGUCUCUCCCCCUUCCUGUUCUGUACCUGUUCACCAUGGUAGAGUACCCGGUCUGACAGGAAGUGCUCUCUCAGUGAGCACUGCCUGGCAGACUGCAGUCCGCUCGGCCACGCUACAACAGCAGCAGGAGGGGAGCAGCUCAGCACAGCACACCCUCCUUCCAAUCACCAUCAUUGUUACUAACCUUUCUCUUCUCCUGGCCACAAACUGUGCUCAUCAUUCCGCAUCCAUGGAGCGCUGGCACAAAGUGGCGGUUCAUAAACCGGGAAAUGCCUGUAUAUCCGAUUAACUGAAUUUACAAUUUUGAGGCAGAUUCUAAGUUUACCUACUAACCUGAAUAGUGAUUUAUAUCCAGGAAUUGGGGCUUGCUUAUCUUUCAGAAGAUCUGUGUGCAACACUGUGUAGUUUGGUAGCAAUGUAUACAUAAACCUAGUAUACAGAAUGAAUGGUGAAAAAAUUUAUAUUAAUACUCAGAGUUAACAAUUGUUUCAACAUGGUGUGACACUUCUUAACCACUUAAGGACACAACUUCAGAAAUAAAAGGGAAUCAUGACGGAAUAUUUCCGUCGUGUCCUUAAGGGGUUAAUGCAGCAUUGUUAAAAGAACACUAUAGUCACCAGAACAACUACAGCUUAUUGAAUUUGUUCUGGUGAGUAGAAUUAUUUCCUCCAGGCCUUUUUCUGUAAAGAGAAAAUGCAGUGUUUACAUUGCAGCCUAGUGAUAACUACACUGGACCAUCCUCAGAUGGCUGCUAGAGCUGCUUCAUUGGGCAGUGCUGCAGAGUAAGCAGCACUGCUAUUCAGUGUCUCCACCCUCUGCAUUCAGGCACCGAACUUUCCUCAUAGAGAUGCAUUAAUUGUCCAGGGCUGUGUUUGACUUGUGCUGGCUCUGUCCCUGAUCUGCCUAUUUGACAGUCUCAGGCAAUCCUAUGGGGAAGCAUUGUGAUUGGCUCAGACCACCACUAAUGAUGAUGUCAGCAGACAGAGGCGGUUCACAGGUAAACAAGGGGCAAACCCAGGAGCUGCAGAUUUGAAUACAAGUAAGAUUUUACUAUAUUUAGGGAAGGAAGAGGGGGCCAGGAGGUCUAGAUGGUGGUUUGAACAGUAUAAUGUCAGGAAUACAUGUUUGUGUUCCUGAUCCUAUAGUGAUCCAUUAACUAACCUCCUCCACCCCCCAAUUAGUAUUUCAGGAAGAUAAAAUCUUGGCAGAGCUACCUUUUGUCAAGCUCCCAUCUGCUUCUAGUGACUGCUCUGAAAUAUUCUGUUGCUGCAUCUCUAAACAUUCAGUAUUAUAUCCUUUACAUUUAAAUUGAUUUUAGCCAAAAAUUGCAGUUUUCCAUAGUCCAUUUUCCCCAAUUUAAUGUGUAAUAGUGUGAAGGCAUGUGACGUAGAGUAUCACGGGAAAUGCGUUUUAACAAUCUUUUUUCCUAGAUAUUUUCUAACAAGCUAGUAAGGGGAAAUUAAGAAAUAAUUGUCAAAAAUAACAAGCUCACAAUUCAUUUCUGUCUGUUGUAUGGAGACUUAAGGGCUGUGGACAACUCGGUUUUGGAUUGAAAUUUGCAAGAUUUUUUGUAAAAACACAAUGUAACUGUUCUGUAACCCCCCAUGCUAUUUAUGGAUGGUUUCGUUCUGUUGAAUGCUGUUUUGCAAGAAUAUGUAUGGGAAAAAAAGAAAUAAACUUUUUUUUAA